AUGUAUAUAGACACCUUACCGCUCGUGGUUUGGACGCUCUUAGUCACAACAACGACAUAUGUAGCGACACAAAGCCAAUAUGGAAUAGGAUUAGGAAUAAAACGAGAAGUAUUUUUCUUAAAUUUAGAAGACGGCUAUUUUGGCUGUCAAGUAAACGAAUCGACACAAAUAUUACAAUUAUAUGAAUUAUCAAAGUUAUGCGACGGUGUUUCGGAUUGCUAUAAGGGAUCCGACGAGCUCAAGUCAGAGUUGAAAUGUACAGAUGAUUGUACCAAAGAAGAUGGCGCCCGAUGUAUAAAUGGUGCUUGUCUAAACGGGGUGUGCCAUUGUAAUGAUGGUUUUGGCGGAUGCAACUGCCAAGAACCUGAUGUAAACGAAUGUAAAGAAAGACCAUGCGAUGUUUUUGCACACUGUACGAACACGGUUGGUAGUUUCCAGUGUUCGUGUUUCCCAGGCUACGAAGGCGACGGUUUCACUUGCAGAGAUAUAAAUGAGUGCGAGGAUCCGGCAGUAUCGGCACGUUGUGUUGCUAACGCAGAGUGCUGUAACCUGCCAGCUCAUUUUAUUUGCAAAUGUAACCGAGGUUUCGAGGGCGAUGGCGAAGAAGAGUGCCGAGAUAUUGACGAAUGUCGACGGCCCGGCGCUUGUGGCGUGAAUGCUGAUUGUCAAAACUUCCCAGGAAACUACACGUGUGUGUGCGAAGCUGGUUAUACUGGCAAUGCUUUCGAUGGCUGUGUUGAUAUCGACGAGUGCACGAACACCAAAAGCUGUGGCCCUGGAGCCAUUUGUCGAAACGUGGAAGGAGGCUACGAGUGCAGCUGUCCGCCUGGCUAUGAGGGUGAUCCUCGCGUUGGUUGUCGAGACCACGACGAAUGCGCUCAUUCUUCUUGCGGCGUUGGUGCUCUUUGCGAAAAUCUACCAGGCGGUUUUCGAUGUGUGUGCCCACCAGGUUUUGAUGGAGACGCACAUGUACAGUGUAUUGACAUAGAUGAAUGUAAGAGUAGCAAACCUGUAUGCAGCGCUGAUGCAUUAUGUACCAACACACUGGGCAGCUUCGUAUGUACAUGCAAGCCAGAAUACACAGGAGAUGCUCGAACGCCAGGAGGAUGUAGAGACAUCGAUGAGUGUGAAGUCCUUGAACAUCCUUGUGGCACCUAUGCAAUUUGUGAAAAUGCUGUGCCAGGUUACAAUUGUAUAUGCCCACAAGGAUACACAGCCAAACCGAAUCCUCAGAUUGCUUGUGAACAGGUUGAUGUUAAUACACUAUGUAAAUCAAACUUUGAUUGUACCAAUAAUGCUGAAUGUAUUGAGAACCAAUGUUUUUGUAAGAACGGCUUUGAUGCUCGAGGAUCAGUUUGUAUUGACAUUGAUGAAUGUGCCAAUUCUUCAAUAUGUGGAGAGAAUGCAGUGUGUGUAAACACUCCAGGUGGGUAUAAUUGCGAGUGUGCUACUGGAUUCACUGGUGCUCCACCUCAUGUAGUAUGCCGUGCUCCAUGCGAGGAUGUGCAGUGUAGUGAGCAUGCAUUCUGUAAACCUGAUGGAAUAGAAGCAUAUUGCGUCUGUGAAGAUGGAUGGACAUUUGAUCCAGCGGAUAUCGCAGCAGGUUGUAUAGAUAUCAAUGAAUGCGAUGCUACAGUGGAGCCUGCUAGCGGUAAAUGUGGCAAUUAUGCACGCUGUACUAAUACUCCAGGAAGUUUUACUUGUGAGUGUCCAGAAGGAUACACCGGUGAUGCUUAUAAACAGUGUACUGAUAUUGAUGAGUGUCAAAUAGACGGAGCUUGUGGCUUUGGCGCAGAAUGUUAUAAUCUAGAUGGUUCAUAUAAUUGCGAAUGUCCCGAAGGUACGAUACCAGAUCCCGAUCCUAGGGCACGAUGUGUUGAAAUAGUUUCAUGUAAAAAUGACAAUGAUUGUCCUGGAAAUGCAGUGUGUGAUUCUAACGCAAGAUGUUUGUGUCCAGAGCCAAAUGUUGGAAACGAAUGUCGCCAUCCUUGCGAGACAUUACACUGUGGAAGUAAUUCUGAAUGCCUUCUUAAUGAACAAAUCGCACAAUGUUCAUGUAAAAGUGGGUUUGCUGGCGAUGCAUCAUCUCCAACUGGUUGCCAGGACAUUAAUGAGUGUAACGAAAACCCAUGUGGUUCUGGUGCGGUUUGCAAAAACCUUCCAGGGCAUUAUCAGUGUGAGUGUCCGGGUAGCUUCAGUGGUGAUCCCUACGUUAACGGCUGCGUUCCUGGAAAAGUUCCAAGUGAAUGCAGUAGCGUUAAUCCCUGUCCACAGGGAGAACAAUGCAUUUUACACAAUGGAGAAAACGUUUGUGUCUGUUCUCAAGGAUUUUCACGCAGUAAGGAAACAGGAUUAUGUGAAGAUAUUAAUGAAUGCACACAAAGUGGUCGGUCGCCUUGUGGUUUGAAUGCAAUUUGUAAAAAUUUGCCAGGAAGCUAUGAAUGCAAGUGUCCUGCAGAAUAUAGUGGAAAUCCAUAUAACCUAUGUGAAAUAUGCAAUGACAUAUCUUGUCAAUGUCAGCCUCCAUACAAAUUAGUCAAUGGAAAUUGUGUGCUCUCGGGCUGCACAAAAAAUAACAAAUGUGGAAAUGGUGCAGAGUGUAUUAUAAUUUCGGAUGGUGUCAGCUACUGUGCAUGUCCAGUUGGAUUUAUUCAAACCGCAGAGGGUGCAUGUGAAGAUAUAAAUGAGUGCACAACUGGCCAACCAGCUUGUGGAUUUGGUGCAGAAUGCAUAAAUACAAUUGGUUCUUACAUCUGUAAAUGCCCUUCAGGUUACAGCCAAGAUUCAAUAUCUGGACAUUGUACACUUAACCAAAAACGUUGUAUCAGCGAUUCUGACUGUUUUCCAAACGAAAAGUGUAUUCAACCUGGUCAAUGUGUGUGCCCUCCACCAUUUUAUUUAGAUGUUACUGAUGGUCAAAAAUGCAAGAGUCCAUGUGAAAGGUUCACUUGCGGUAUAAACUCUAAAUGUACACCCAGCGAUCCUCCUCGAUGCAUGUGUUUAUCUGGAUUUGAAGGUGACCCAUAUACAGGAUGUACUAAUACCAAUGAAUGUCACAGCGCACCUUGUGCAUUUGGUGCGAUUUGUCAUGAUCAAAAAGGCGGAUACCGCUGCGAAUGCCCUCCAAACCUAGUUGGUGAUCCAUACAAAAAUGGAUGUACUUUUGAGGUCCCACCCACAGUAAAGCGCUUAGCGUGUGAUUCCGACGAUGAAUGUGCAAAUACUCUCGCUUGUCUGAACAGCACUUGCCAGUCACCUUGUACAAGUGUUACUUGUGGACCAAAUGCAUUUUGUCAAGUUGACGACCAUGCUGCUUGGUGUCGUUGUAAUCCUGGCUAUACGAAACCAGAAGGUGGUAAAUGUAUAUCUGGGUGUGAUACUUAUUCGUGUGCUUCCGGUGCUCAAUGUAUAAUAUCAAAAACGGGUCCAACUUGUGUAUGUCCAGAGGGUAUGGUUGGAAAUCCAUUCCCUGGGGGCGCCUGCAGAAGAGACACUUGUGGCCCGGGCAUACCUUGUGAGAAACCCUUAAUGUGUGUGGCUGGUCGUUGUAGACAACGUUGUGAAGGUGUGGUUUGUGGUGUUGGCGCUUCAUGCGAUGAAGAAAGCGGCAGAUGCGUCUGCAAUGCAUUCUUUGUUGGCAAUCCUGAUUUGUUAUGCAUGCCUCCUGUGUCGCCUCCAGCGUGUGAUCCUGAUUGCGCUCAAAAUGCACAUUGUGUUUAUGGACAAAACAAUAUAUGUAAAUGCGACAAAGGCUUUACUGGAAACCCUUAUGUUAAAUGUCUGCCUAGGAGACAAAUUACUUGUGCUAAAGCCUCCUGUGGCGCCAAUGCAGUAUGUCAACAAACACGAUCUCAUGUUGAAUGCUUAUGCCCUCCGGGCUAUCUUGGCAAUCCAAAUAUCCAGUGCACAGAUAUAGAUGAAUGUAGCAGUAAGCCUUGCGCUGAAAAUGCAAUCUGUAUUAAUACACCUGGCAGCUUUAGUUGUAUUUGUAAAAGUCGUUAUGUUGGAAAUCCUUACGAAUUAUGUUCACAAGUUUCUAUUACUAAAUGCACAGAUGGAAAUAUCUGCACGUGCUCUCAUAACACUACUUGUCCCGAAGGCUUUCUUUGUGAAAAAUCAAAAUGCGUUGAUGUAUGUAGCAGUAUGAUUUGUGGCCCAAAAUCUCUCUGUGAAGAAGGAAAUUGUCACUGUCUACCUGGCCAUAGUGGAAAUCCGAACGACUUACAACGAGGCUGUGUUCCAGACAAUAAAUGUAUGGUGGACGGAGAUUGUAAAGAUUCUGAAAUAUGCUUCCAAAUAGCUAAAAAUGUGAGAAAAUGCGUAGAUUCUUGCAGUAAAUUGCAGUGUGGACCCAACUCUCUAUGCAUAGGUGCAAAUCAUCAAGCCCAUUGUAUAUGCGCAGAAGGAUAUAUCGGAAAACCUACUGACACAAUAAUUGGCUGCCAUUUAGAUACGCGAGAUAUACCAGAGCUAGAGUGUAAUGAAAACCGUGAUUGUAAUGAACCAGAAUUAUGUAUAUCAGUAGAUGGUUUAGCUAGGCGAUGCAUUGAUUUAUGUUCAACAAUCGCUUGUAGUGCCAAUGAAGUUUGCAAAAUUGUAGCAAAUAGCCCAAGCUGUGAGUGUAAAGAGGGCUUUCUAUGGAAUUCUUUAAAUGCUAAUUGUGAGCAACCUUCAACACCAAAUUGUGAAAGCGAUGAGCACUGUGAUGACAAUAUGUCAUGUCAAAGAGAUAUACUUGGAGUUAAAAAAUGUCAAGACGGUUGUUCUUUAUUCACAUGUCCGCAAAAUUCUAAAUGUGUUUCGAGAAAUCAUAAAAGCCAAUGUGAAUGUUUAACUGGUUUUGCAGGCAACCCAAAUGACCGUGAUGGCUGUAUUGCCAUAAACAAGAAUCAAUGCUUAGAUGAUGCACAGUGUCGAGAAAACGAAUUAUGCAAACUCGUGGGUGACAUUAAAAAAUGUGUUUCUGCUUGUCAAAAUAUAAUAUGUGGCCCUAAUGCAGUAUGCGUGACUAACAAUCAUAUUGCUAAAUGUCAAUGUCCAUCAGGUCCUUUUACCGGAAACCCGAAUGAUUUAGAGAAAGGAUGUCAAUCUGUCCCUUGUAUUUAUAAUGCAGAUUGUCUGUCCCACGAAUUAUGUAACCGUAUAACACAUACAUGUAUAAACGCUUGUGGAGAGGAAUCAUGUGGUGAGAAUGCCGUGUGUAUAGCAGAAAAUCACAAACCAAACUGUCAGUGCCCAAAUGGUUAUAAGGCAGACCCUCUACCAGAUGUUAACUGCAAAAAGAUUGAAGUUUGCAACCCCACUCCUUGUCAUCCUACAGCUGUUUGUGAACCACGACAUUCAUCAUUUGUUUGUAGAUGCUCAACAGGAUAUGUAGAAGACCUAAAUGGAGCUUGCCGAAAGCAAGACCAAUGUUCAAAUGGUGAUGAAGAUUGUCCACUAGAGACAGCGUGUGUCAAUAACCGUUGUGUCAAUCCUUGUGAGGGUGCUUGUGGAACUAACUCACUGUGCAAAGUUGUUAACAGAAAAGCAAUUUGUAUGUGUCCCGACGGUUACGAAAGCAUUAAAAACAACUCAUGUAAGAAAAAAAUAUUGCUUUGUUCAACUGAACUAGAUUGCAUUGGAGAUAUUUGCUCAAAUGGACAAUGUUUUACGGCUUGUAAGAAUUCAAGCCAUUGUGACCCAGGGGAGUCAUGUGUUAAACAUUUUUGUAUCACACAAUGUGCUAAACAUACACAAUGUGGCGUCGGACAAGCUUGUGUAGGAGGGCAAUGUCUGAUUGGAUGUAGAAGUAAUGGAGAUUGUCCCAGUGAAGAAGCAUGUUUAAAUAAUAAAUGUACUAAUCCUUGCUUAUCAACAAGAGCUUGUGGUCCAAACGCCAUUUGUUCAAGAAGUGAACACAGUACCAGGUGUGAAUGUCCUCUUGGAUUUCAAGGAACACCAACUCCUCAACAAGGAUGCGUGCGGAAACCAAGUUCAUGCACUAGAACAUCGGAAUGCCCCCCAGAUCAUAUGUGCAUCGGAUAUUUCUGUCAAGUGCCAUGUCAAGAUGAUUCUGGAUGCGCCAUAGGAGAAAAAUGUAGUGAUAAUAGAUGUCAUAAAAUUUGUCAUUCAAGUAGUAACUGUUUGCACGGUGAACACUGUAGUUCAGGUAUAUGUGUUUCUGGUUGUAAAGAAGAUUCCGAUUGCCUGAAUAAUCAGUUGUGCAGAUCAACGAAAUGUCUAUGUCUUGAAGGUUUUGAAAUGUCUAAUGAUGAAUGUAUAAACAUAAAUGAAUGUCUUAACAAUCCAUGUCAUCCAUCAGCCCAAUGUGUCGACACACCUGGAUCUUACAAAUGUGUGUGUUCAGUAGGGGCAAUUGGUGAUCCUUAUACAAGCGGUUGCCUAUUACCGAAUCAAUGUAGAAAUGAUAACCAAUGCGAUGAUUCACUUGCUUGUAUAAGAGGAAAGUGUUCCAACUCAUGUCAAAGAAAAGCUUGUGGCUUAAAUGCGAUAUGCUCAGUUGUGAAUCAUAGGGUAACAUGUUCCUGUGAGAAAGGCUUUCUUGGAAAUCCACUCGAUAAGAAAAUUGGUUGUUUCAAAGUAGAGUGCGUAGAAGAUAGUGAUUGCUCGAAUGAAAAAUAUUGCAACAAAAGAAAUAACAAAUGCUCUGAUAAAUGUGAGGAAACUGCAUGUCAAGGAGGAAUUUGUUCUAUAGAAGACCAUAAACCUCUAUGCACCUGCCCAACUGGAUAUGAUUUGGAAAACAAUAUUUGCAAAGAUAUAAACGAAUGUCUUAGUAAUCCAUGUCCCAUUAAUGCUCAUUGUAUAAAUAACCGUGGCUCGUAUUCAUGUUCUUGUGUAAACGGAACAGUGCUAGAUACAACCACUGGUAAUUGCAGACUACCAGGAGAAUGCUUUUCUGACGAUGAUUGUUCUGAGAAAACUAAAUGUUAUAAAAAUUAUUGUAUAGACCCUUGUAAAAAACUUUCUCCUUGUGGAGAAAAUGCUGAGUGUGUAGUAUUGCAACAUAAUCCCAUUUGUGAGUGUGGCUCCGAUAGUCAAGGUGAUCCGUACAAGAAAUGUGUAAAAUUCGAAUGUAUUGAAGACAGCGAUUGUUCAUCAGAAGAAGCGUGCGUUAAUUAUAAAUGUAAAAAUUCCUGUAGCAUACCUCGUGCGUGUGGAAAAAAUGCUGAAUGUUUCUCUCGCAAUCACAUUGGCCAUUGUUCAUGUGCUUCUGGUUAUACUGGCGAUCCUGUUCUUGGGUGUGUACCUAUACAGUAUUGUACAGAUGAUAGCAGAUGUUCGUCUGGUACUAAGUGUGUUGACAAUCUAUGCGUUGGCUUGUGCAAAAACGCAAGAGAUUGUCUAAGUGAUCAAAUUUGCAUUCAAGACACAUGUCGCAUAACUUGCGACUCAAAUAGUACUUGCCCUGACUUCCAGUUUUGUUUAAACAGAAUUUGCUCUAAGGAAAUUCAAUGUGUAUCAGAUCAAGAUUGCGACGAAGAUGAAAGAUGUAGAGUGGGAAGGAAAGGUGUCCCACAGUGUGUCAAAGUGUGCGAAAGACAUCCAUGCGGAAGACAAGCAAAGUGUGUUGGUAAAAACCAUGAACCUACUUGUUCAUGUACACCAGGUUAUUUUGGGGAUCCCUUACUGGGAUGCAAAAAAAAAGAAUGUGACUCAGACUCUCAGUGUUCUGAUGAUAAACUAUGUAACGGAAAUAUGUGUAAAAUUGCUUGUCUUGUAGAAAACAAUUGUGGUGAAAAUACCAUCUGUUCUUCUGAAAAACACCGGCAUGUAUGCUAUUGUCAACCUGGUUAUACUGGCGACCCCAUAAAAGGAUGCAACGUUUUAAAUUACUGUUCUUCAAAUCCGUGUGGUAAUGUUGCGGAAUGUAAAAAUCUUAGAGAUGGCGCUCAAUGUACUUGUCCUCCUGGAUAUGUAGGUGAUCCUUACGUAGAGGAAUGUCGUCAAGCUCAAGAGUGUCGAUUAAAUAAGGACUGUCCACCUGUAGCGCGAUGUACGGUUGUUGAUGGUAUUCGUAAAUGUACAGAUGCUUGUGAAACUGUUAAAUGUGGACAAAAUGCGGAAUGCAUUGCUGCAAGACAUAUUGGCCAAUGUAAAUGUAAAACUGGAUAUGUUGGAACUCCUACUAGUGAAAAGGGUUGUCGUCUUCAGGAAAAGCCAUGCAACGAACGAAAUGACUGUGCGGAUGACCAAUAUUGCCACAAAGGAAUUUGUAAAAGUUUAUGUCUCUUGGAUGAAGAAUGUGGUUUACGAGAAAAAUGCUUUAAUGGUCAAUGUUUAGACCCUUGUCAAAUGGAAAAAGCCUGUGGUUUGAAUGCUAUAUGCCGCACAGAAAAUCACGUAGUCGAAUGUAGCUGUCCACAAAGUUUUACGGGAAAUCAAAAUAUGGAAUGUGUCAGAAUACCAAGAUUAUGUGGUGGCUCGGGUGAAUGUGAUGAUGAGUUCACAUGUCAAGACUCUAUGUGUCUGCCACAGUGUACAGUUGAUGAAAACUGUGCUUUAAAUGAGAGAUGUAGUAAAGGCGCUUGUUUGUUAACAUGCCGAGUAGACAAUGACUGUUUCUUGGGUCAUAUUUGCUUGGAAAACAGUUGUCAAUAUGGCUGCAGACAUGAUGAAGAUUGCGGUCCGAAUGAGUUUUGUAAAAGUAAUAUCUGCCAAAAUCCUUGCGCUAAUGAUAUCAAUCCAUGUGGACCCAACGCACGUUGUACCAUUGUUGAUAGAAAAGCUUCAUGCACAUGUUUGGAAAACUUAAUACCUAACCCUACACCUAACAUUGGCUGUGUACGUGCUCCAUCAUUAUCAUGUCGUAUGCACACUGACUGUGCUGGUGGUUGGCGCUGUGAGGAUGACCGCUGUCGACCAGCAUGUACAGUUGAUAGUUCUCAAUGUUUGCAAGGUGAAAGAUGCGAUUCUGGUGUCUGCCGUUAUGCUUGUACAUCAGACGACCAAUGUUCUGAUGAAGAAGUUUGUGAUGGGCGAAGAUGUGUCACAGGCUGCAGAUCGAACUCCAACUGUGCUAAUCAUUUAGCUUGUCUAUCAGGUCAGUGUGUUGAUCCUUGCAUACAACCUGCUACAUGUGGGGCCAAUGCGUUAUGUGCUACCAAAAAUCAUCAACCAGUAUGCACGUGCCCUGCAACCUUAACAGGAGAUCCAAAAUCAGUAUGCAGAAGAAUUAUCUCACUUUGUGAUUCUAACAAGAACUGUGCUGAAGGGUUCAAUUGCUAUGGAGGCACUUGUCAUCCAUCUUGUAGGAGUGACAAUAUAUGUUUAUCUAAUGAAAAGUGCAUUCGCGGAAUAUGUAGAGUUGUAUGCAAUAGUGACGACGCAUGUAGUGAGGGCUAUAUUUGUGAAAACAGGAUUUGUAAACAAGGUUGCCGAGAUGACAAUGCUUGUGAUAUUAACCAAGCCUGUUUAAAAGGGCAAUGCAAAGAUCCUUGCAGUCAAAAUACAGUUUGCGGAAUAUGUUCUGAAUGCAAAGCACAAAAUCACAGAGCUCAAUGUAGUUGUCCUGGUAAUUAUACUGGUAAUGCCUUGGUGGAAUGUAAGAGAAAAACAAUACUGUGUGACGGAUAUUGCCCUUGCGAUGACAGUGGAUAUUGUAUUUCUCUUUGUGAGAGUGAUACUGAUUGUUCAUGUGGUGAAAAAUGCUUCAAUGGAGGUUGCAGAUCUAUUUGCUCAGUGAGAAAUAAAUGUCCGGAGAGACAAAUAUGCCACCAGAAUGUUUGUUUUCCUGGAUGUAGUAUUGAUGCACAUUGUGGAGAUGAUAUGGUCUGUUCUUCAAGGCGUUGUGUUAAAGCUUGCAAAGAAAAUAGUUGUGGUCAAGAUGCUGCAUGCUUUGCCGUACGACAUCGCGCUAUUUGCAAGUGUCCAAGCGGUUAUACUGGUGACCCCUCUGAAAAAUGUAAACCUUAUGAAUGUACCAAAAAUGAAGAAUGUAGCGCAGAUGAAGUGUGCUCACAAGGCAAAUGUAAGAAUGUUUGUUUAGGAUCAUGCGGCAUUAAUGCAAUUUGUCGGUCUAUAAACGGAAUCCCACAAUGUUCUUGUCCUCCAAAUUAUUUGGGUAAUCCAAGGGUAGAAUGCUCAAAACCACCGGCUGGUAGCUGUUUACGGAACCCCUGCGGAGUAAGUGCUCGUUGCCGUGAUUUGGAAGAUGGGAACUACGAGUGCACAUGCCCUCCGAACUGUGCCGGUAAUCCUCAUAAACAAUGUUUCUGUGGCGUCAUGGAAUCCUGUGCAUAUAAAUCUUGUGGUACAAACGCUCAGUGUCACAUCGGCUCUCAGGGCGAAGCAGAGUGCUUUUGUCCACGCAAUUAUCCGAACGGUGAUCCUAAUAUAGAAUGUGCUCAAGAACGAACAGUGGUGGAUUGUAGAACCACAGGAUGUGGAAUAAAUGGAGAAUGUUUAAGAGAAGGCGCUGAGUUUGUGUGCCGGUGCAUCCCCGGCACCGAAGGCCAAGCUGAUAUCGAAUGUCACACCAGUAUCGAAUGUACGAGCGACAAGGAUUGCCCAGUAGACAGAGCCUGUCUAAGCUUACACUGCGUGGACCCUUGCACGGUACGCGGUGUAUGCGGAGAAGAUGCUUUAUGUGUAACGCUGAUGCACAAGGCGCAGUGCUCAUGUCCUCAGUGUUAUGUGGGUCAACCGCGAAUCGCAUGUCGUCUUGAUUCAUCAUGCAAGUCCACAGAUGAGCACAAUAUUACAUAUACCUGUUCUGAUACAAAACCAUGUCCAUCCAAAUUGGCUUGUGAUCUUAACACGAACGAAUGUUACAAUCCUUGCCUGGGAUAUAAUAGUUGCAGAGGCAAUCAAAAAUGUGAGGUCCGAGAUCAUAGACCAAUUUGUGUAUGUAGAAAUGGAUUUGCUUUAAAUGAAAAAGGAGAAAUAAAUUGCGCUCCCGAACACGCAGAAUGUACAAGAGACGAGCAGUGUCCAUCUAAUGCGGCUUGUCGUAAUUCCAAGUGUGUGAAUCCGUGUCUAGCGUCUGUAGAGCCUAUGUGUGCGAAAGGAAAGCAAUGCGAAGUAGUAGACCACCGCGCAAUAUGCAUAUGUGUUGAGGAAUGUAAUCCAUCUGUAUUAAUAUGCCUAAGAGAUAGUGGAUGUCCAAGUAACUUAGCAUGUCGAGACUUUCAAUGCAAAGACCCUUGUAAAGACGCUUGCAAUGGUGCCCCGUGCUCAGUUGAAGAUCACCACCCUGUUUGCAAGUUCUGCCCUAAUGGAUUCACACACGAUGAGAAACAUGGCUGCAUUAAAGCUACAGAAUGCGGUAGUCACGAUCACUGCGCGCCAACUCUCGCUUGUAUCAGCGGCCGGUGCUCAGAUCCUUGCGCUCGUAGCGGUCCUUGCCUCAAUGGCCAACACUGCGCUGUUCUCGAUCAUCAACCUGUUUGUUCAAAGGUGUGUCAAUGUCAAACCUCAUCAGAUUGCACAAGAUAUCCAAAUACAUAUUGUGAUGGCUGCGCUUGCAUUAAACAUGAAAAAGGAAUCCCAACAACGAGUUGCGCCCAUUGUCGUCCAGGAGUCCCUUGCGAUCCUUUCUCUGGAGCCUGCAUGGAAAAUGGAAGUUAUGUCCCAUUAACAGAAUCCACUACCACGUCGGGAGGAAAAAGUGAAACUGACACUGUUGCUAUAACUGUACCUACUGAAAGAUUUAUUACUGCUAACGAUUUACCUGACACGACAUUGUAUUUAGUAGAAUCUAAACAUGAAACCACCGAUAGUGACAUUAGUACUACCAGCACUAUAUCAACGACAGUAAUUGAAAAAACGACUCAACUGAGUUUCAGUGACUUUAACCUUAUUAAUGCAUUGUCCACUGAUAAAUCAACAGAAUCUCAAAAUAAUCUUGAAGCGACUACCAUAAGUUCUAAGGGGAAGGAUGUAUCAGUCAGUACAGGUAAUCGUACUGUAAAUUAUAAUAGUUUUACUGAUCUUACAACAGGAGUAGGACAUUCUGAAAUAAAUAAAGAAGCAAUUGAUAUAGUAGAUACUACUAAUGAACUAUUAAAUAGUCCAAAAUACAAAGUGACAAAGACCCCAUCGCACACUGUCACAUCACUAUUUGAACUCGGAACUAGACCUGCAGAUCAAAAUGAUAUAUUUUACGAUACCAACACUGUACAUACAAUAUUAAUCAAUGAAAAUACAUCACCCACAAUUACACCUUACAUUGAGAUCAAUGAUUAUCACACUUCAAUAGACUCUGAUGUUCUCUUACAAAGUAGUAGUACCAUUCACGUUGAAAGUACUGUAAAGCCAUAUACUAAGAAAACUAUAGAGGCAAAUUAUACGUCAACUGCCCCUAAUGAAAAUAAAAAUACUAAAACCCCUGAAAAUCAACGUAAACUUAAUAGCAACUAUACGGGAAUUACGUUAGUACAAAAUAUAUCUGAAAACAGCAUAAAAAUAUCCACGCUGCCAUCACAUACAACAUCCGGUAGCUCAAAUUCUUCAAUAGAGAGUAGUACUUUACUUAGUCAUUUUAGCACAUCUGAAAUGUCUUCCUUAAACCCAAACUUAAAUAAAAUCACAUCAGACGGAACGGAAGAUACUUUAACCAAAAACUCUAUUAUUGAUUUCACGCAAGAAAUACACCCAUAUGAUAAAAAUGUAAAUGAAAUUGAUAUAGCAAUUGCUAAGGAAAUUUCUACAACGAAUGUAGAUUCGACUAGUACGGUGCAAACAUCUACCGAAGACACUCACUAUUUGGAUUUAACUACAUUACCUGCUUUCACUCAUUCAAAAUCAGAUGUAACCACUACUGACCACACCUUGAAAACGAAUUUUUCGACAAUUGUGAGAGAAACUGCAAAAGACUAUAUUUCAACAGUUCCCCCUAACCUUCAUACUUUAAAUGUAGAUAGUACUAUGGCACAGAAUCUACAACGUGAAAAGGAUAACAAAUACCUUGGAAUAGAACUUACGGCAACUACAACGCAAUAUAGUGAUCAAAGUAGUACGUCAAUAAGUCAAAUUAAAUUAAACUCAUUAAUGACAAAUAAACCGGAGUUCCAAAUGUUAACUGUCACUCAAAAAUCUUCACAACAGCUAUCAGACACUACCGCCACUUCAGAUUUAUAUUUGACUACAGAAAAUCCAACGAAGGAAACAGUUCAAACCGGAACUAAAGCUAUAAAAUCACCGGAUAAUGUAGCACGACCUACAGAAAAUUCAGCUUCAACAAUCCGAAAUGGAAAUGAUUUUGAUUCGUCAGGCGUAACCACGUCUGUGUUACAAUCAACUGGGUCCAUAAAACCUUACUUGGAUUUUACAACUUCAAUUUAUACAAAAAUGGAAGCAAAAGAUGCUACAGUAUUAAUGGUUCAAAAUACCGUUUCAACACUAAACGACUUCGAUAAUUUUGAAUCUACGACUGAAACAAAUAUAGAAACAUUAUUGUCAACUACACCAAAACAAAACUUACAGGCUGUGCUUAAAUCAAAUGUAGAUAGCUCUAGUAAUCCUAUAUUUGUUAGUGAGAGCACAAUAACAGAAAAACCAUACAAAAUGAACCAGUUACCAUUCCCUAAAUCAACUACGGAGAUUUUAUCAACAAAUAGUGUAAAUGGAAUCACCGAAUCUUCUACAAUUGUCUAUCCCAAUUCGUAUACACACUAUACAGAAACAUUGUAUGAAAACACAGAGACGUCGACAAAUUCAAUAAAAAAAUCAUUUCCUUUAACUUCAACUGAAUUAGAGUAUGUUGAAGAGUUUACUACAAACUCUAUAAGUGAGGCAUACACGAAAGAAUCGCAGUCGAUCACACUAAAUGAUUUUAAUUCAUCUGUGCCAACAGAAGAAAUGACAGAUAUGAAUAAAGAUUACUCUGCUAUACCAACCAAAGAAACAACAUCAGCCGAUAUGAUACAGGAAUCUCGUGAAACAAUACCAAUCACACAGAGAACUGAUGAACCUAUGCCAAAUACAGUUACAGAAGGAUUCAGUCAGCCAGAACAUCAUCAAACUGUUAAAGAUAAUGUUAUUAGAGCUCACGUUUUACCAGAAACAACUGAUUUGACAGAAGUAACACUAAUUCAAGAACAAACAAAUAAAGAUGGCCCUAUUAAUACAAAUGAAUUAGAAGUACACACUACUCAAACUAAUAAGUUAACUAUGAAUACUGUUUUACCGUUUACAAAUAGUUUCCUAAGUAAAAAUGAAAGUUUAAUUAAUAUAAAUGAAGUCAAUAUUCCGACACAAAUCACAAACACAGUUUCUGAAAUGGAAAAUAGUGUAUUAAUAACGAAACAAGGUUUUCAAGAAAGUACACUCCUAGACGCCAAUUUGCUAGGUAGAAAUAAAGAUCUAAAUACAGGAAUGGUAUCUGAAACAUCAACGGUUAAUUACGCUGAUGAUAAGAAAAGUGCCACCCUAAAUAAAAUAGAUGAAAUUCAAAGUACUACCCAUAAUCUGAAUGACUUAUUAACUAUCUCUUCACAUUUAACUUCCCAAAUGAGUAUUACAGAGAUCGAUACUAAAACAGUGACUGUCUUAGAAUCAGAAAUAAUAAAAAAAACAACAACAGAUAACAUCGUGAAUAAUGGCAUGGAUGUCACAUCUGAACCUUUGAACACUAGUGGCGAUGUUGAUUACACUUUUAAAGGCACUACAACUGCAGUAACACAAAACAUAAAUGACAUAUUAAGAACUUCGUCAAGUGACCACUCCAUAAGUAUUGAUAUCACAGAGGUAUUUGAACAAACUACUGAACCACUUGAAACAGAUAAAACUAUAAUCUCCCCAAAAAUAGUGACCACUUCGAUUGAUAAUUUAGAAUCCAUCUUAGAGAUUUCUACUUCUAGCGAUAUAACAGAAAGAUUUUACAAUACUGGAACUAACUUAGACGCUGACGUCACAGCAAUACACAUGACAGAAUAUGAGAACAAUGUAGAAGCUACAACUGAUCAAUACACUAUUAAGUACGUUGACACCACUUCAACAACACCAUUAGAAAAUGGAAAUAAAAUAAAUAAGAUAACCACAAACCACUUAAUUUCUAGUGAUGUUGUGACCGAAGUCCACGAUAAAACAGAGAACGCUCUUGACCCAGAUUCAACAAUUAAACUAGUAACUCAGAAUACAGACAACAUGGAAACAACUUCUCCUAUUAAUAACUUAAUAUCCAGUGUAGGCACCACAAGAAUAUAUCACGCAGCAGACAGUAUACCAGAAAUAGAAAUGACUGUACAAAAUAACUAUAAAAUUGAAAAAUUUAUCACCACCGAUAAUAUGGAAUUCAGUGAUACUGUAACAGAGGUAUCUUAUACAAAAGAAACUGAAACAAGUAUAAAUACACUGGAUCACAUUGAGACAGUCCCACGUAUUGAAAUAACAACAGAAUCAAUAUCCUUAAAUACUUACCCAUCGGAUAUAACUAUUACUAAAACAUCUAUUUCCGAUACAUCUUAUGGCGAGGGUGGAAUUAAUAAUAUUAUGUCGCAAGAUACAAAAACAGAAAAAGCAAUAACUACUGACUAUCCCAUCACAUCUAGUUUACGUACUACUUAUUUCGGAUAUCCAAUGGAAACUGUAUUAGAAGUAGAAAAAAUUAACAUCACAAAAAAUAUAAACAAAGUAAAAAUGGGUACAACGGCUCACAAUUUAAUAUUAGAUGCAGACGUUACUGCGCCAUUUGAUCAAUCUGCGACCAAUUCAGAAACAGAUAAAAGUUCUAAAUCACCUAUUCCAAAUGAAAUAGAACAUGUAACGGACACUAAUCACUUAAAAUUCUCAUCUGAUCCUAUUGAUAUUAUAGAUACUACUGCAAAACCAACUGUAAGCCCAAUAGAAAAUUCAUUUAAUACUAUUGAUUUAAUAUCCAGUGUAGAUGUAGGUGAUACUACUAACUUAACUGAAACCAUGCCUAAUUUUGAUAUAACGAUUAAAACUUUAACAACACUUGCCAAUGAAAUUGAAACCACUACAAUAACUAAAUAUAUGAAAGAUGUCGAAAAUACCGGUACUGAACAUGAAAAUAAUGUUGAAAAUACAAGUUUUAAGUCGGAUAUGACGAAGAUAUUUAGUUCAAUCGCAAGUGAAUCAACGACACAAAAUACAGUCGAAUUAGAAAAUACUGCAACUAACACUCAUUCAACCUUUGACACUAAGCUACCUUCUAUUAAUGAAAAUUAUUCAGAAUUAGAAAAUAAUAAUAAUUUGAUGACGGAAAAUACACACAAAGUAGGAAAAUAUACUACUACUUAUAACUUCAUUUCACUUAAUCAGACACCGGAAACCACGCCAACUACAGAAAAUAUAAAUGAAGUUUUAAAUUUGACUGAUGCUGAUCAGCCAACUUCAGUUGACGCUACAACAACUUUUGCUUCAUUUAAUAUUAUAUCAACAGAUCAAACAAGUUCAUUAACGACACAAAAUGUAAGUGAGGUAGAUGUCUUAUUUACUAUGACUAGUACUUCUACUAGUAGUCCUUUGACAUUUGAAACUGAAGUGAGCAAUCCAUUUCAGCAAACUAAAACUGUAUCAAAUGUAGAGUCAACUACAAAAUUUACAACAAAAAAUGUACCUAAGGUAGACAUAAUUAGUACUACUGAAGACACUAACACUGGUAACACUGAAUCAACUACACAAGAUGAGUAUAAUCCAAAUACUAUGAAAUUUACGGACCAAACAUAUAUCACUUCUAAUUCCACUCAAUUGUAUGACUUCAACAAAAGUAUAGUAGGAACAACCGAAUUAACGACUCAGAACGAAAAAGACGCAGGUGGAAAUAAUUCUAUCAAUUAUUCAUUAACAACGAUAACUAUGAAAGAAGAAAGUAGUUCACCUACGUCCUCAGAUACUAAAAGUACUUUAUCUUUUGAUUACACCGAAACACCUACAGUUACAACAAAAUAUGCUGAAAGUACAUUAUUCAUUAAUUGGGCUGAAAGUACUACUACAUUGAAAAAUGAAAUAGGAGUCAGUGAUGGCAACUUUGCUGCUACCGACAUUUACAAUUCAGAUUCAGGUCAAACAAAAAUCCCAUCACAAUCGCGUCAUACUUCGACGAGUCUUAGUACCUCUACUGAAAGUAUAACCUCUCGUAAAAAGGUUGUUGAUAUUUCUGCUUGGACUGACAUGACACAGACUGACAUGACUUCUACGGAAGCUACUGUACCCACUUACGAGUUUCAUAAUAGCACCCGCUGUAAAAUAAACUCACACUGCCCGACCAAUAAAGCUUGCAUAAAUGGAGUAUGCCAGAAUCCAUGCGACAUGGUUAGAUGCACAAAGAACGAAUCGUGUAUAGUUAUCGACCAUGGCGCUGUUUGUUUAUGUGAUGACUCCACCGGGAACCAGUGCUUACGCAAAGAAUCACCCGGAACACCAAAGGUACCAGAACCUUGUCACUCUGAUCGGGACUGUAUAGAGACCGAAGCCUGUUUUAUGGGGUUAUGUCAAAACCCUUGUGAGUUCGACAACGUUUGUGGUGUUGAAGCUAAUUGUCAACCUGUAAAACAAAGACCUAUGUGCUCGUGUCCCGCUGGACACGAUGGAGACCCAGCUGUUAAAUGUUCACCUAAAAUAUUUGGUUGUACUCGAAAUGAAGACUGCCACCUGACCGAGGCUUGUAUAAAUAAUGCAUGUCAACACCCAUGUGCCAUACACAACCCGUGCGCACCUAAUGCGGCCUGUAUAAACACAAACCAUGGUUCAGAUUGUAGUUGCGCCGAAGGUUUCCAAGGAAAUGGAUACGUCGGGUGUGUUCCAGUAAUACCUCAUGGUUCAGUGUGUCAGUAUAACGAAGACUGUCCACCGGAGCUCUUAUGCGACAGACUUAAUAGAGUAUGCAUCAGCCCAUGCGCCGUCGACCAGUGUGGUGAUAAUGCUGAAUGUAUCCCAUCAAAUCAUGGCAUUCAAUGUAAAUGUUAUGCUGGUUUCACCGGUAAUCCAUUCUUAGAAUGCUUCCAAGUUCAAGGGUGUCGAUCUGACAAUGAAUGUGCAAAUUCAGAGGCGUGCAUCAAUGGUAGAUGUGGUUCUCCCUGCCGAUGCGGAAUGAAUGCUAUAUGCGAUGUUUUGAAUCACCGUGCAUCCUGUAAAUGCUUGCCAGGGUACACAGGAAAUGCCAAACUUGGAUGUGAGCCCCCAACGAAUCCGUGUGUACCAAAUCCUUGUGGCACAAACGCAAUUUGUGAAUCAGAUGAAGGAAGACCAGUUUGCGUAUGCCCAAAAGGUUUAACUGGAAAUCCGUUCAAAAAUUGCAUACCAGAAGGAAACGAAUGUGAGCCGAAUCCAUGUGGACCAUAUUCAGGAUGUAGAUUAAUAGAUAACAAACCUGCUUGCUUCUGUUUACCAAACUAUGAAGGAGAUCCACCACGACAGGCUUGCAGGCUUCCUAAUAAUCCUUGUAAUCCAUCACCUUGUGGUCCUAACACACAGUGUACUCUACUAUCGAAUGGUUUCGCAAAGUGCACGUGUCUACCAGGUUAUAUUGAAAGUCCAAAUACGAUUCGAGGUUGUGUGGAGUCAAGGAACCCUUGCGAACCAAACACUUGUGGCAGUGGAGCGCGAUGUGAUCCUAAUAGAGCGACACCAUGUUAUUGUCCAGAAAAUACUCUAGGAAAUCCUUAUAAAUCGUGUACUCCUCAAGGCUACCUUCCACCUGAUGUGCUAUGUAAACCUGGUCCGUGUGGUCCCAAUGCAGAUUGUUACGUAAGUGGAAAUAUCGAAAUGUGCUUCUGUAAAUCUGACUUCACUGGUGAUCCACACAUCGGUUGCCAACCACAAAGAAGUCCUUGUACUCCAAACCCAUGUGGACCCCAAGCUAUUUGUCAAACUACCUAUGAUGGACAAUCUACGUGUAUCUGCCCUUCAGGCAGCAUCGGCGAUGCCCAUGGAGCCGAAGGAUGUCAUUCUAGAGAAUGUGAAGUAGAUGACGAAUGUAAACUUAACAAAGCCUGUAUAGGGUAUGCUUGUCGUGACCCUUGUCCUGGAGCUUGCGGAUUUAAUGCAUUGUGUCGAGUAGAAUCACACCGUCCGGUCUGUAUUUGUAAAGAUAAUUUUAUUGGCAAUCCCUUAAUACGUUGUUUACCAUCUGAAAAUCAAAAAACACACCCCUGCCAAAGGGCAACAUGUGGUUUUAACGCAAUUUGUCAAGAUGUUGGUGAUGAAGCUUUCUGUUUCUGUCCACCUGAUUUCUUAGGAGAUCCGGCUAUAGAAUGUAAACCUCAAUGCACUAUGAAUUCUGACUGUUCCUCAAAUGAAGCGUGUAUCAAUAACAAGUGUACAGAUCCAUGCUCUUUAAAUAAUGUAUGUGGUAUUCAUGCAAUCUGCUUGUGUUCUGAUCACACAGUAUCUUGUUUGUGUCCAGACGGCUACAUUGGGGAUCCAUUAAGCCAUUGUAUUUAUCGACCGAUAAUAAUUGGUGACAAUACAACAAUUCAGCCCUGUUCUCCGAAUCCGUGUGACCCUAACUCUCCGUGCGACACCUAUGGCAGUCAAUUCGCUAUUUGCGAUCCUUGUGUUGGCCCUAAUGCCAUCAAUAACCCACUUUGCAGACCAGAAUGUGUAUUUAACUCUGAAUGUCCGUUUGACAAGGCAUGUUUAAGAAAUAAAUGCACUGAUCCUUGUCCAGGAUCAUGCGGUGUCAAUGCCGAAUGUUAUGUUUAUCAACAUGAUCCUAUAUGUCACUGCAUAGACGGAUAUGAAGGAAACCCGUAUGAACACUGCAAAGUUGCUGUUAUAAAGACACCUGAUACUUGUAAUAACAUUAUUUGUGGACCGAAUGCUGUAUGCGAAGAUUCAAAUGGUGCCUUGAUAUGUAAAUGUUUGCCAGAUUUUCACGGUAACCCAUAUGUUUCAUGCCGGCCACAAUGUGUUGUCAAUAGUGACUGUGCGCCAGAAUUAGCAUGUUUAAAUAAUAAAUGUGAAAAUCCUUGCAAAGACAUUUGUGGAAUUGGAGCAUUAUGUAAAACUGUCAAUCAUCACGCCGUUUGCUAUUGUAAAAAUGGACAUACUGGAGACCCAUACGUAAGAUGUCAACAAACAAUCGGACCGACAUCCACAUUAUCUACUUGUGAUCCAUCACCGUGCGGACCAUACAGCCGUUGUCUUGUGUCACCAACGGGUUUUGCAGUUUGCUCAUGCCUACCAGGCCAUAGAGGAGUAGCGCCAAUGUGUCAACCAGAAUGUGUCAGCAAUUCCGAUUGUUUACAAAGCGAGACAUGCGUUAAUCAACGAUGUUCAAAUCCUUGUCAAGGUAGUUGUGGUGUUAACGCUGUAUGUGUUGUAGUGAACCAUAAUCCGAUCUGUAGUUGCAGUGCCGGACAAACUGGGGAUCCAUUUGUAGCUUGUGCAGAAAUAGUGAACCCAAUACCCGGCGGAGAAAAAAAUCCUUGUAUGCCUUCGCCGUGUGGUCCAAAUUCAGUCUGUGAAAUAAAAUCUAACCAUCCUGUGUGCUCAUGUCGCCCGAACUAUUCAGGCACACCCCCUUAUUGUAGACCAGAAUGUGUUAUUACUCAAGAAUGCCCAUCUAAUAAAGCAUGUAUAAAUGAGAAAUGUAUUGAUCCAUGCUCCGGUAUAUGUGGAGAGAAUGCUAGAUGCGAUGUAGUGAAUCAUACUCCGCUCUGUAGCUGUUUAGAAGAUUACAAAGGUGAUGCGUUCAUCGGUUGUGUAGCUAUUGGCAAAUCUGAAUCCACUCCGUGUAGUCCAUCGCCCUGUGGAGAGAACACUAUGUGUACAGUAACUAAUAAUGUUGCUCGUUGUUCCUGCAUUCCUCCCAAUAUCGGCAAUCCUUAUGCGGGUGGUUGUCGACCAGAAUGUACGCUAAAUUCAGACUGUCCAAAUCAUCUCGCUUGCCUUUCAAACCACUGCAGAGAUCCAUGUAAAGACUUAUGUGGUGUAAAUGCAGAGUGUUCCGUAACUAACCAUGUUCCAAUUUGUACAUGCUUUAAAGGAUAUGAAGGUGAUCCAUUUUCAUCGUGCCGUCAGAAGUCUCGACCACCAUCUCUAAUUAAACCUUGUGAACCAUCGCCGUGUGGACCGAACAGCGAGUGUCACGUAGUGAGUAAUAGAGCUGUGUGUUCUUGUCGACCGGGCUAUUUGGGUGCUCCCCCGGCUUGUCGCCCAGAGUGUGCAGUCAACUCCGAAUGCCCAGCGGCUAAAGCAUGCAUCAACCAGAAAUGCAGAGACCCUUGCGUGCACAGCUGCGGUUUAGACGCGCGAUGCCACGUCGUGGGGCACAACCCUAUUUGUACUUGUCCAGAAAAUUUACCAGAGGGAGAUCCAUUUAUUAAGUGUAAUAGGAAGACUAUUCAUCCACCGGCUCCCGAUCCAUGCCUGCCAUCACCGUGUGGUCCACAUUCAUCGUGUCGUAACGAAGGUGGACGAGCGGUAUGCUCAUGUGAACCGGGCACACUCGGAGCUCCACCGUCUUGCCGUCCACAAUGCGUUAUUAAUCAAGAUUGUCCCCUAGCUUUAGCUUGUCUUAGUGGAACGUGUAUAAAUCCAUGUGUGGGCUCCUGUGGGUUCAACGCAAGGUGCACUGUGCAAAACCAUCAACCAAUAUGCUCCUGCGAUGACGGCUUCUCUGGUGACCCGUUCGCUGGCUGUAACCCUAAAGAAGUUUCAAAAGACGUACUACAUCAGCCUUGCAAUCCAUCACCUUGCGGCCCUAACGCCAUUUGUCGAGAACGAAAUGGUGCUGGUUCUUGUACAUGUGUAGAUGAUUAUUAUGGUGAUCCAUAUCGUGGCUGUCGGCCAGAAUGCGUAAUGAAUACUGACUGUCCAAUGGAUAGAUCCUGUUUCAAUAAUAAGUGCGUGGACCCGUGCUCUGGACCUAUGGAUCCAAUAAACACUUGUAUGCCAAACCCUUGUGGCCCACAUUCUCAAUGCAAAGAUCUUAAUGGUGUACCAGUGUGCUCAUGUUUACAAAACUAUGUGGGACGCCCUCCUAAUUGCAGACCUGAAUGUAUGAUAAAUGCAGAAUGUCCUGGGAACUUGGCAUGCCUGAGUGAGACAUGUAGUGAUCCUUGUCCAGGUUCUUGUGGAUUUCAUGCAAAUUGUGCCGUUGUUAAACACAUUCCUAUAUGUACUUGUGAUCAUGGAUAUACAGGCGAUCCAUUCUCGGGAUGCUCUUCUGUCCCUUCUAUCGAACCUCAAGUUGAAAGUCCUUGCUCACGCUCACCAUGUGGGUCAAAUGCUAUAUGCAAAGAACGCCACGGUGUAGGAUCAUGUUCAUGCCUUCCUGAAUACUAUGGUGAUCCAUAUGUGGAAUGUCGUCCAGAAUGUGUUUUAAACUCAGAUUGCCCCAAAGAUAGAGCUUGUGUUCAUAAUAAAUGUAAAGAUCCUUGUCCUGGGGUAUGUGGCAUGAAUGCGGAAUGCCGCGUGAAUAAUCACGCACCAUCUUGUUCCUGUUUGCCUGGCUAUGAAGGAAAUCCAUUUACAUCUUGUUAUACAAGUCCAAUGGAAACUCCUGUCGACCCAUGUUCACCUUCACCUUGUGGGCCGUAUAGCAUAUGUCGAGUUAGCGGCACUCACGCUGUUUGCUCUUGUAACGAAAACUAUUUUGGCUCACCUCCUUUCUGUCGUCCUGAAUGUAUGGUCAGCAGUGAUUGCAUGCCCAAUAAAUCUUGCAUGAAUCAAAAAUGCGUGGAUCCAUGUAUCGGAGUAUGCGGCAGAAACGCUAAAUGUACUGUUGUUAAUCACAACGCACUAUGCAGUUGUCCACAAAAUUAUGUUGGUGAUCCAUUUGUGCAAUGUACCUACGCGAAACGACCAGAAAUUUCAAUCUCUAAAAACCCCUGCAUUCCAUCACCAUGUGGCCCUAAUUCACAAUGUCGAAUAAUCGGUGAAACGCCUGCAUGCUCUUGCCAAGCUGGCUACAUCGGAAGGGCACCAAACUGCCGACCUGAAUGUUUAUAUGAUGAAGAAUGUCCAAGCAAUUUAGCUUGUAUUCGAGAUAAUUGUGUUAGUCCUUGUGAGGGAUCUUGCGGUGCAAACGCUGAAUGCGUGGUUAUUGGACAUAAAGCAGUUUGUCACUGUCGUGAAAGUUAUACUGGUGAUCCAUUUAGUGGGUGCUACUUUAUUGUAACGGUGCCAAGUGAAGAUGAAACAAACCCUUGUAACCCAUCACCUUGCGGUCCUAACACUGUUUGCACAGAAAAGCAUUCUGUUGGAGCCUGUAAAUGUGCACUUGGAUAUUUUGGCGAUCCAUAUCUUGGCUGUCGACCUGAAUGCGUCACAAAUAACGAUUGCACUUCAAAUAAAGCUUGUUCAAAUAAUAAAUGUAUAGACCCCUGUCAAGGAGCAUGUGGCAUUAAUGCUCAAUGCACUGUUUCGCAUCAUACACCAGUAUGUCUAUGCAUUGACGGAUAUGACGGAAACCCAGUAACAUCUUGUCAUCCUGAGCGGAAACCGCCAUUAGCUGAUGUAAAUCCCUGCGUGCCAUCACCUUGCGGGCCUUACAGUAUAUGUAAAGUAGUGGAUUUCCAUGGAGUUUGUUCCUGUCAGGAAGGAUAUGUUGGCUCACCGCCAACUUGUAGGCCAGAAUGCGUGAUAAGCAGUGAUUGUCCGCAACACCAAGCGUGUAUGAAACAGAAAUGUAGGGAUCCUUGUCCAGGAACAUGUGGUGUAAAUGCUAGGUGUCAAGUUAUAAACCAUAAUCCGAUUUGUACGUGUAAACCUGGAUUUACAGGCGAUCCUUUUGUUACUUGCCGGUUGGAGCAAAAACCUAUCUUAGAUGGGCCUAAAGGAAACCCAUGUGUUCCAUCACCAUGUGGUCCAUACUCUCAAUGUAAAAUAGUUGGAGAAGCACCUGCAUGUUCAUGCUUACCAAACUAUAUUGGCGUAGCACCAAACUGUAGACCUGAAUGUUCUAUCAAUGCGGAAUGUCCUGGUAACCUUGCAUGCCAAAAUGAAAAUUGUGUGGAUCCGUGUCCUGGUUCUUGUGGUUUUAAUGCGGAAUGUACUAUUGCGAAUCAUGUUGCAUUAUGUAAUUGCCUGUUGGGGUAUACAGGGGAUCCAUUUAGUGGCUGUUCACCAUUUGAACAACAUCCAGAACCACCACGCAACCCUUGCAACCCGUCACCAUGCGGAGCAAAUGCAAUAUGUAAAGAAAGAAACGGAGUAGGUUCUUGUUCAUGCUUGCCCGAAUACUUUGGCGAUCCAUAUACGGGAUGUAGACCGGAAUGUGUAUCCAAUUCCGAUUGCGAUAGAAAUAAAGCCUGUUCCAAUAAUAGGUGCAAGGAUCCUUGUCCAGGAGCUUGUGGCAUGAACGCUGAAUGUCGAACUGUUAAUCAUUCUCCAACUUGCACCUGUUUGAGUGGUUACUCUGGUAAUCCGUUAGUCAGAUGUGAAAUAGAAGUAUUUACGAUUAGGCCUACAUCUGAUCCGUGUGACCCCUCGCCUUGUGGACCAAACAGCUUAUGCCGGGUGGUUAAUGGUCAUAGCGUUUGCACAUGUGAAAUUGAUUAUAUAGGCACACCACCCGCCUGUCGGCCUGAAUGUAUUGUUAGUUCUGAAUGUCCACAAGACAAGGCAUGUAUCAAAAAGAAAUGCAAAGAUCCAUGUCAAAAUUCGUGUGGUGUUAAUGCAAGGUGCCAGGUUAUAACACACAACCCGAUUUGUACGUGCAGUCCUGGAUACACUGGAGAUCCGUUUACACAAUGCAUUCCAAUUGAAUUUAUUGACAUUGAACCAAAGAGAGACCCUUGUGAUCCAUCUCCUUGUGGACCGAAAUCAGAUUGCCGUGUUAUUGGAGAUCAAGCUGCUUGUUCCUGUUUACCAAAUUACAUUGGAAGAGUGCCUAAUUGCAGACCAGAAUGCACUAUAGAUCCAGAAUGUCCUAGUAAUACGGCUUGCAUUAAUGAGCGUUGCAAAGAUCCUUGUCAAGGAGUAUGUGGUGUUAAUGCUCUAUGCUUAACAAUUAACCACAAACCAACAUGUUCUUGUCAACAAGGUUUCACAGGCGACGCUAGUAGAAAAUGUGACCAGAUAGUAAUAAUAUCUGAAACGACACCAACAUCAAGUCCGUGUACCCCAUCCCCUUGUGGUCCUAACGCUGAAUGCCGAGAGUAUAAUGGAGCAGGUGCAUGUAUAUGUUCUGAAGAAUAUGAAGGUGAUCCAUAUAGUUCGUAUGGAUGCCGCAGGGAGUGUGAAAGUAAUGACGACUGCUUACCAAACUAUGCAUGCACCCGAUUUAAAUGUAUUGAUCCUUGCCCUCGAACUUGUGGUCAAUUAGCACAAUGUACAGUAGAAAAUCAUAUUCCUGUAUGUACCUGUCCAAGAGGUUAUACUGGUGACCCAUUCUUCCAGUGCAAGGAAAUAACAUUACCACCGCCGCCUUUGAAAAAUCCGUGCGAACCGACACCUUGUGGUCCAAACAGUCAAUGCAGACAGGUUAACAUGCAAGCAGUUUGCUCUUGUUUACCAAAUUAUGUAGGAUCUCCACCAUCAUGUCGACCUCAGUGCAUAGUGAACAGUGAAUGUGAUACGUCGAAAGCAUGUAUAAAUCAAAAAUGUGAUGAUCCUUGCCCUCAUUCCUGUGGACUAAGAGCCCAUUGUGUUGUUAAAAAUCAUAGUCCAAUUUGUACGUGCCCGAUAGGGAUGACGGGUGAUCCAUUUACACAAUGUUACCAAGAUGAGCCUUCUACAACUGAAAGACCGCCGUCUUGUACGCCUUCGCCGUGUGGCCCAUAUUCAAGGUGUCAAUUAUUAGCAAGUGGUCCAGCGUGUUCGUGCUUACCAGGUUAUGUAGGCUCACCACCUUCUUGCCGACCAGAAUGUACUAUUAAUACUGAGUGUCCGGCUUCGUUAGCUUGUGUCCGUCAAAAGUGUGAAGAUCCCUGCCCCGGGUCCUGUGGAGUUGAUGCCUCCUGCCAUGUUUUAAAUCAUGUUGCCGUAUGUGUAUGUAACGAAGGAUUUACGGGUGAUCCAUUUUCGAGGUGUUUCCAUAUUCUUGAAGAUCCUACUACGGUAUCUCCUCAAGAUCUUUGCAAUCCAUCACCAUGUGGAGCAAAUGCUUUAUGCGAAAAUGGGUUCUGUACUUGUUUGUCAGAUUACAGUGGCAAUCCGUACGAAAGCUGUCGACCAGAGUGCACAGGUAGUCAGGAGUGUCCAAGAGAUAAAGCUUGUUUUAGGAAUAAAUGCCGUGACCCUUGUCCUGGUGUUUGUGGACAAAAUGCUAAAUGUGACGUUAUAAAUCACAUACCAACUUGCUCAUGCAUGACAGACUACACUGGCAAUCCAUUCACACAUUGUCGCCCUAUAGAAGAAACAAAAGGACCAGGAAGACCUAGAGAUCCGUGUCAUCCAUCACCCUGUGGCCCUAACAGUAUUUGCAAAAAUAUUGAUAACGCUCCAAUAUGCGCUUGUCUUGAAGGUUUCCAAGGAUCGCCGCCAAGUUGCAGGCCAGAAUGCUUAGUUAGUUCGGAAUGUACAUCGACCAAAGCAUGUGUUAAUCAAAAAUGCAUAAACCCCUGUAUAAAUGCUUGUGGCGUGUCUGCACGAUGUGAAGUAAUUAAUCACAGCCCGAUUUGUAGUUGCAGUCCAAUGCAAACAGGAGAUCCAUUCAAAAGUUGUUACGAUGUUUUAGUUCCUCCGAAUCAUGAGGACGUAUGUAAUCCUUCACCUUGUGGACCAAACUCACAAUGCAUUGAAAGAAAUGGGAAACCAAAUUGUAGAUGUAUAGAAAAUUACGUGGGUCAACCACCUAAUUGCCGACCUGAAUGUGUUAUUAACCCAGAUUGUCCAUCCAAUCAAGCAUGCAUCAAAAAUAGAUGCAUAGACCCAUGUCCUGGUUCAUGCGGUGUUGAUGCCGAUUGUAUAGUUGUAAGCCAUACAGUCUCUUGUAUGUGUAAAGAAAAGUUCACUGGAAAUCCAUUUAUGCAAUGUGUAUUACAGGAAGAGCAACUACCACAGCCAUGUGAUCCAUCACCAUGUGGCGCUAAUGCAGUCUGCACUCAGCGCGAUGGAGCAGGAUCAUGCUCAUGCUUAGCAGAUUACCAAGGAAAUCCAUAUGACGGUUGCCGUCCUGAGUGCGUACUCAGUUCGGAUUGCUCAGCCGAUAAAUCAUGCAUUAAAAAUAAAUGCGUUGAUCCUUGUCCAGGCAUAUGUGGAACAAACGCAGAAUGUAACGUUAUUAAUCAUGUACCUAGCUGUGCCUGCUUGAAAGGUUUUUCAGGAAAUCCUUUUGAACAGUGCACAAGAGAUGCGCCCAUUCAUACACCAAAGCCAUGUCAACCAUCGCCUUGUGGUCCUAACAGUAUUUGCAGAGAAAAUGGAGGGUUAGCGUCAUGUGAGUGUCUUCCAGAUUACAGAGGUGCACCUCCAGACUGUCGCCCAGAGUGUACUGUUAGUAGUGAAUGUGCUCCGGACAGAGCUUGCCAUAGGUUGAAAUGUGCUGACCCUUGCAGAGGUGUUUGUGGUAUAGGCGCUCAUUGCCAAGUUAUUAAUCAUAGUCCUUUGUGUAGUUGCCCAUCGGGCACAACUGGUGAUCCAUUCAAAAGAUGUAUUGAAAAAGUUGCUUCUCCACCAGAGGAUAAACAUGCACACCCAUGUCAACCUAAUCCUUGCGGACUUUUUAGUGAAUGUCGAGCUAUCAAUGACAGUCCAUCCUGCUCAUGCAUACAAGGAUAUAUGGGCUCUCCCCCUAAUUGCCAUCCAGAAUGUCUUGUAAGCACGGACUGUCCGUCACAUCAAGCAUGCAUUGCAGAAAAAUGCAGAAAUCCUUGUGAAGGUUCAUGUGGAUUUAGAGCUGAAUGUCGAGUACAUGAUCACAUACCAAUUUGUGUUUGUCCAGUUGGUUACUCUGGUGAUCCAUUCAUUCAAUGUUCGGAAAUUAUAGUGACUCAAACUCCUUCUGCUGAUCCCUGUAAUCCAUCUCCAUGUGGUAGUAAUACAUUAUGUGACGCUGGUGCAUGUUCUUGUGCUCCUGGAUAUUUUGGAGAUCCUUAUACUGGAUGUCGACUGGAAUGCAGUACAAAUGGGGAAUGUUCUCCAACUCGUACCUGUCAGAGAGGUAAAUGCGUCGAUCCAUGUCCAGGUGCCUGUGGGACUAAUGCAAUGUGUACAGUUAACAAUCACAUACCAUCGUGUACUUGUCCACCACAUACUUCAGGUGAUCCUUUUAAUCUCUGCAAUGAAAUUCCUAAAGUACUGGUAUCGCCGUGCUCUCCGUCUGUAUGUGGGCCAUAUAGCGAAUGUACUGUCAGUGCUAACGGUGCUGCGGCAUGCUCUUGCAAAGCGGGGCAUAUUGGUGCUCCUCCCUCUUGCCGACCAGAAUGUCUGGUAAGCGCCGAGUGCAAGCUGCAGUUGGCUUGCAUUAAUCGCCGGUGCCGCGACCCUUGUGAAGGGGCUUGUGGACGCGGUGCUCGCUGCCAAGUUAUUGCUCACUCACCCAUAUGCACUUGUAAUGAAGACUUCACUGGCGAUCCGUUUAACUACUGCUAUCCAAAACCAGCGCCUCCACCUGAUACCACAACGGACCCUUGCCAACCAUCUCCAUGUGGGCCAAAUGCCAUCUGUGUAAAUUCGGGAGAAACACCAGCAUGUAGUUGUCAGCCUGGUUUCAUUGGAGCUCCUCCAAAUUGUCGUCCAGAAUGUACCAUAAGUGCAGAAUGUCCGGCUACUUUAGCUUGUAUGGGUCAAAAAUGUAAAGAUCCAUGUGAUCAGGCAUGUGGAGCGCGAGCGACAUGUUCUGUUGUCGAUCAUCGUGCUAUUUGCUCGUGUGAAUCUGGCCUCGAAGGUGAUCCUUUCCAGGGAUGUUCUAUGCCAAAAGCUCCACCAAAGGUUGAAUACUUAAACCCAUGUGAUCCAUCUCCUUGUGGAGCUAAUGCUGAAUGUAAAGUACAAGGGAAUGCGGGAUCAUGCUCUUGUUUGCCUGAUUAUACUGGUGACCCAUACCAAAAUUGUAGGCCUGAAUGUUUAGCGGAUUCGGAUUGUCCGUUAUUACUGGCUUGCAGUAGAAAUAAAUGCGUAGAUCCAUGUCCAGGAGUAUGUGGAUAUAAUGCGGAUUGCUUUGUGACAAAUCACAAACCAACCUGUAACUGCAAACAAGGUUACAGUGGAAAUCCACUAUCCAUAUGUCAAGUCAUACGAGAAAAAGAUGUAGCAAUUGUUAAUGUUUGCAACCCUUCUCCGUGUGGUGUUAACGCAAUAUGCAGAGAGAUAAAUAAUCAACCUGUAUGUUCAUGUCACCCAAAUUACAUGGGAUCACCGCCUAAUUGUAGGCCAGAAUGUAUGGUUAACUCGGAGUGCAAGCAAAAUCGAGCUUGUGUAAACCAACGAUGCGUAAAUCCUUGCCCUAAACCAUGUGGACAAAAUACAGAAUGCAAGGUGAUUAACCACAGUCCUGUAUGCUCGUGUCGGUUGGGCUACUCUGGAAAUCCAUUCACUGUGUGCUCACUAGUGUUACAAACCUCUCCUAGUGUGGCUGCACCAUCAGAUCCUUGUAUACCUUCUCCAUGUGGUCUCUAUGGAGAAUGUCGAAACAAUAAUGGUAUACCAUCUUGUUCAUGUUUGCCUUCUUACAUGGGUUCACCACCAUUUUGCAAGCCCGAAUGUGUUGUCCAUACGGACUGCUCAAGCGAUCGAGCUUGUGAAUCUGAAAAAUGUCGAAAUCCAUGUGAAGGCUCCUGCGGUUUAUACGCUAGUUGCUUUGUCAACAAUCAUAUUCCCGUAUGUUUGUGUCCGGAAGGGUUCACUGGCGAUCCUUUUAAUGAAUGCAGGCCUCUCCCUAUACGCGAUGAGACUCCCAUAGCCUUUGAUUUAUGCAAUCCAAGUCCAUGUGGCCCAAAUGCUGUAUGCAAUGAUGGGUUAUGUUCGUGUAACAUUGGCUACCACGGUGAUCCUAAUCUUGGCUGUCGACCAGAAUGUGUAUAUAAUACCGAUUGUCCGUUAGAUAAAGGCUGUUUACGCAAUAAAUGUGUUAACCCCUGCAUUGGCACUUGUGGACUUAAUGCCAUUUGUAAUGUAAUGAAUCAUAUUCCAAUGUGCUCGUGUCCUAAAAGAAUGAGUGGAAAUGCUUUCAUAGAAUGCAGACCUUCAUCAGUGUCAGUGUCUAAUCCAUGUAAUCCAUCACCCUGUGGACCGAAUAGUCGUUGUCAACAAUCAAAUGGACAAGCUGUUUGUUCUUGUGUGCCUGGCUUUAGAGGAAGUCCACCAACUUGCAGACCAGAAUGCGCUGUCAGCCUUGAAUGCCCAUUAAAAGAAGCAUGCAACAAUCAGAGAUGUAUAAAUCCUUGUCUAGGAGCUUGUGGUACAGCUGCUGUAUGCGAUGUGAUAAAUCAUAAUCCGAUUUGUACUUGCCCACCAUCGUUCACAGGCGAUCCGUUUGUGAGAUGUACAAUAAUAGUUUUAAUCGAGGCCCAAGUUAAUCCUUGCGAACCAUCUCCUUGCGGACCACACUCUAUAUGUAAAGUAAGCGGCGAUAAUCCAAUUUGUGCAUGUCUACCAAGUUACAAAGGAACACCUCCUAACUGUCGACCAGAAUGCAUAAGCAAUAGUGAAUGUGAUAAUAAUUUGGCCUGUCUCAAUCAGAAAUGUGUAGAUCCCUGUAUAGGUGCAUGUGGCUCUAAUACGGAAUGUAGGGUGGUUAGCCAUGCACCCAUGUGUUUAUGUCAAUCAGGAUACACUGGCGAUCCAUUUUCAUACUGUAGUGUCAUACCAGUCAUUGAACAGACUGAAGUUUUAACACCUUGCAAUCCAAAUCCAUGUGGAUCUAAUGCAAACUGUAAAGAACAAAGAGGUGUAGGAUCUUGUCAAUGUGUAGAUGGAUAUUCGGGUAAUCCAUACGAAGGAUGUCGACCUGAAUGUGUAGUGAACUCCGAUUGUCCUCUUAAUAGAGCUUGUUCAAGAAUGAAGUGUAUUGAUCCCUGCCCGGGUACCUGCAGCGCAAAUGCUUUUUGUCAAGUCAAUAAUCACAUGCCAACUUGUACAUGUCAGCAAGGUUAUACCGGAAACCCGUUCAGCUACUGCUCCAUCAUGCAACAACCUAUAGCUGUAGAAACAAAUCCUUGUAACCCAGCACCGUGUGGAGCUAAUAGCCAAUGUAAAGAAGUUAACCACCAAGCUGUAUGCUCCUGUUUACCAAAUUUCGUUGGUGCUCCGCCAAACUGUCGCCCUGAAUGUGUCGUGAGCUCAGAGUGUCCACCACAUUUAGCUUGCAGCAAUCAAAAAUGCUCAAACCCCUGUUUAGGCACAUGCGGAGAAAAUGCUAAUUGCAACGUUAUAAAUCACAGUCCAAUAUGUGUCUGCAAACAAGGCCUUACCGGCAAUCCAUUCACGAGAUGUUAUCCUAUAAAAAUUUCACAACCUCCAUCAAAUACACCACUUCAAGAUCCUUGUUUGUCAUCACCUUGUGGACUAUACGCAGAAUGCCGCAAUAUUGGAAAUGCACCGUCAUGCGCUUGUAAACCGCACUAUAUUGGAAGCCCACCGAACUGUAGACCCGAGUGUACAAUAAAUUCGGAAUGUCCCAGUAAUCAAGCAUGUAUGAAUGAGAAAUGUCGAGAUCCAUGUCCGGGGGCAUGUGGUAUAAACGCACAAUGUACAGUUUUUAACCACGUAGCGCAAUGUAGCUGUACUGAACAAUUAACGGGCGAUCCAUUCUCACAUUGCAUACAGGUGCCUGAAAAUGACAUUGUUGAAACCGAUUUGUGUAACCCAUCCCCAUGCGGUGCUAACACGGUAUGCAACGAUGGCGUAUGCACAUGUUUACCUGAAUAUCAAGGUGAUCCUUAUCUAGGCUGUCGCCCGGAAUGUUUAAUGAGCACCGAUUGCCCACAAUAUAAAGCUUGUGUUAGACUUAAAUGUAUCGACCCAUGUGUAAAUACUUGUGGCAGACAAGCUAUUUGUAAUGUUUUUAAUCAUAUCCCGAUAUGUACAUGUCCAGAUGGAUAUUCAGGGAAUGCAUUCUUGGAAUGUCGGCCAGUCAGCAUUACUGAAGCUGUCAAUCCUUGUAACCCUACACCCUGUGGACCAAAUAGCCAAUGCCGUGAAGUCAAUGGCCAAGCCAUAUGUUCAUGUCUUAUUGGCUACUUAGGAGCACCACCAACAUGUAGACCUGAAUGUAUAUCUAGUGCAGAGUGUGCUCUAAACCGUGCUUGCUCCAAUCAACGCUGUAUAGAUCCAUGCCAAGGAAACUGCGGAACGGCAGCUACUUGUCAAGUUAUAAACCAUAAUCCAAUAUGUUCGUGCUCAUCAGGUUAUACAGGAGAUCCGUUUAGUAGAUGUGUUAUUGAAGAUGUACAACCGCCCCCCUAUAUUAACCACUGUGAACCUUCGCCAUGCGGUCCAAACUCGGUAUGCAGAGAAGUAGAUGAAUCACCGUCGUGUGCAUGUUUACUUGACUAUCUCGGACACCCUCCAAAUUGUCGACCAGAAUGUAUAUCUAAUUCCGAAUGUCCUAAUGAAAUGGCCUGUAUAAAUCUAAAGUGCAAAGACCCGUGCCCUGGCUCCUGCGGCACAGGAGCAGAAUGCAUGGUAGUGAGCCACACUCCUCGAUGCCUUUGUCCACCAGGUUACACAGGAGAUGCCUUCAUCAGUUGUCAAAUCGUGGACGUUCCUCUCACACCUUGUUCACCAUCACCAUGUGGACCAAACGCUGUAUGCAACGAGCAAAGAAAUGCUGGGGCCUGCGUUUGUUUGCCUGAUCACAUCGGGAAUCCUUACGAAGGAUGUCGUCCCGAAUGCGUCGUUAAUUCAGACUGUGCAACAAACUUAGCAUGUAUUCAAAAUAAGUGUAAAAAUCCAUGUAAUAAUAUCUGUGGACGUAAUGCCAUUUGUAACGUUAUAAAUCAUACUCCCACAUGUCAAUGUUUGCCUGGUUUAACUGGGAGUCCUUAUCAAAACUGUUACGAAGACAAAGUUGUAGAUGUACCAGUUAUACAAAAAAAUCCUUGCCUGCCAUCACCAUGUGGUCCUAAUAGCGUUUGCAAAGUUACAAAUGGCCAAGCUGUUUGUACAUGUCAACUUGAGUAUUUAGGAAUACCACCAAAUUGUAAACCUGAAUGUCUUAUCAGUUCUGAAUGUAACCAACAACAAGCUUGUAUAAAACAAAAAUGCAGAAACCCUUGUGAAGGUGUUUGUGGAAAGAAUACAGAAUGUAAAGUUAUAAAUCAUAGUCCUAUUUGCUCUUGUCGACCACAACAUACUGGAGAUCCGUUCAGCAAAUGUUUUAGAACCCCAGUUGCAGAUGUUGUCGCAGUACAUACUAAUCCUUGUUUUCCGUCUCCGUGCGGUCCAUUCUCUCAAUGCCGGGAUAUAGGAGGAUCACCUUCAUGUUCUUGCAUGCCACAGUAUAUGGGUAACCCACCCAAUUGUCGACCUGAGUGUACUCUCAAUACCGACUGCUCUAGCGAGUUAGCCUGUAUCAAUGAAAAAUGCGUGGACCCGUGUCCAGGAUUAUGUGGGAUUAAUGCUAAUUGCAGAGUUCAAAACCAUUUAUCUAUAUGUACUUGUUUUGAUGGCUACACCGGCGAUCCAUUCCAAAGUUGUAACUUGAAACCAAUAAAUAUAGAACCGGUUGUGACAGAUCUUUGCAAUCCGUCACCAUGCGGUCCGAAUGCCAAUUGUAAUGAUGGAAUUUGCACUUGUUUACCUGAAUACAGUGGUGACCCAUACUUUGAAUGUCGCCCAGAGUGUACAAUUAGUUCAGAAUGUCCUAGAAAUAAAGCGUGUGUUAAAAAUCGCUGUGUUGAUCCCUGCUUAAACACUUGUGGAAUAAAUGCUAAUUGUGAGGUUGUAAAUCAUAUGGCUAUUUGCACUUGUCCGAUGAGAACUACCGGUAAUGCAUUUAUACAAUGUAGUCCUAUCAAAGAAUUUAUUCCAUCUAAUCCUUGUCAACCAAGUCCUUGUGGCCCUCACAGUCAAUGCAGACAGUUUAACAAUCAGGCAGUCUGUUCAUGCUUACUUGGAUUCCGUGGAGCACCGCCUUCUUGUCGGCCAGAAUGCGUGGCUAGUUCUGAUUGCCCCCUUGAUAAAGCUUGUAGUAACCAGAAAUGUAUUAAUCCAUGUCAAGGAACGUGUGGUGUUGCAGCUUUAUGCCAAGUGGUCAACCAUAAUCCGAUAUGUACAUGUCCAUUAGCCAUGACUGGAGACCCAUUUACAAGAUGCACUAUUACAACUGUCGCAACACCUCCAGUACCUGUUAGUCCCUGUCAACCAUCACCGUGUGGGCCUAAUUCUAUAUGUCAACAAACUGGUGGAGAUAUUCCAUCGUGUCAAUGUAUGCCUGAAUAUAUAGGAGCACCGCCAAACUGCCGCCCAGAGUGUGUUACAAAUAGUGAAUGCCCUCCACAAAUGGCCUGUAUUAACAGAAAGUGUCAAAAUCCAUGUGUUCAAGCUUGCGGUUUAAAUGCAGAAUGUCGUGUGGUCAGUCACACACCUAUUUGUAUUUGUCCUGAAGGCUAUUCAGGGGACGCUGCUAUCCAAUGUUCAAUUACGUCUUUGAUAUCCAUGGAAGUAAUUUCACCAUGCACACCUUCACCUUGUGGAUCAAAUGCUUUGUGCAGGGAACAGGAUGGAGCUGGUGCAUGCAUUUGCAUUACUGGAUACUUUGGUAAUCCUUAUGAAGGUUGCCACCCAGAAUGUUUAGUAAACUCCGACUGCCCUAGUACUAGAGCAUGUACCAGAAAUAAAUGUAUUGAUCCUUGCUUAGGCACAUGUGCCGCAAAUGCUGAAUGUCAAGUUGUUAAUCAUUCACCAUCGUGUACAUGUCGACAUGGAUACGUUGUUCCCGAAGUACAAGUUAUGCCGGACAGAGACCCUUGCAUUCCUUCGCCCUGUGGACCUAAUUCGCAAUGUCAAAAUUUGAAUGGCAUUCCAUCGUGUUCAUGUUUACAAAACUUUGAAGGCAGUCCUCCUAAUUGCAGACCUGAAUGUACGAUAAACGAAGAUUGUGGAAGUAAUUUGGCUUGUAUAAAUCAAAAAUGCAGAGACCCGUGUCCAGGUUCUUGUGGAAUAAAUGCAAAUUGUCAAGUGAUCAAACAUAUUUCAAUAUGUUCUUGUAUAGAUGGAUUUACAGGCAAUGCAUUUAGUCAAUGUACUCCAAUGCCACCAAAAGUAAACGAUGACUUAUGCAAUCCUUCACCCUGCGGACCUAAUGCAGAAUGUUUUGAUGGAAAAUGUAGUUGUCUGCCCGAGUUUGAAGGUGACCCAUACUCGGGUUGUCGUCCUGAAUGUGUGCAAAGUUCAGAAUGUAACCGUGACAAAGCUUGUAUAGGUAAUAAAUGCAAAGACCCUUGUCCUGGCACUUGUGCAGCUACAGCUACGUGCAAUGUAGUGAACCAUAUUCCCAUGUGUAGCUGCCCGCCGCGCACCACUGGAAACGCGUUUCUUGAAUGUCGUCCUGUCGUAGAAUCAGUUAUAAGAAAUCCAUGUCACCCAUCACCAUGUGGUUCCAAUAGUCAGUGCAGAGAAGUAAAUGGACAGGCUGUGUGCUCAUGCGCUCCUAACUACAUAGGAGCUCCCCCUUCAUGCCGCCCAGAGUGUACGAUAAGCGCAGAGUGCCCAUUAAAUCAAGCUUGUAGCAAUCAACACUGUGUCAAUCCCUGCAUAGGUUCCUGUGGUGUAAAUGCAGAAUGUAAGGUGGUAAACCACAAUCCAAUCUGCACAUGCCCGCUGCUGUACACAGGAGAUCCAUUCUCACGGUGUAUUAAACUUCCUGAACGUUUGCCAGAAACUGUGGAUCCGUGCACACCGUCGCCAUGUGGACCGAACUCCCUUUGCCGAGUUGUGAGCGAAGCACCGUCUUGCACAUGCUUAGCAGGCUAUCAUGGCCAAGCACCACACUGCAGACCAGAGUGUUCAAACAACGAAGAGUGUUCUGUGCAUUUGUCAUGUAUCAAAAAUAAAUGUACAAAUCCAUGUGAAGGAUCUUGUGCUGCUAAUGCAGAAUGUAGAGUUGUUAGUCACUCCCCUAUUUGUCUAUGCCCUUACGGAUUUACUGGAGAUCCCUUUUUCUCCUGUGUCGAAGAAAUACUUCACACUGAAAUUAUUUCGACACCCUGUUCACCUUCACCAUGUGGGUCUAAUGCUCUAUGUAAAGAAAGAAAUAAUGCAGGGUCCUGUUCUUGCAUUGACGGGUACACAGGAAACCCGUACGAUGGCUGCCGUCCAGAAUGUAUUGUUAAUACUGAUUGUCCGUCGAAUAGAGCAUGUAUCAAUAAUAAGUGCAGUGACCCCUGCCCAGGCAGCUGUGGCACUAAUGCUGACUGUCAAGUUGUAAACCAUGCCACCUUAUGUACUUGUAUUAUCGGUUACACCGGAGAUCCAUUUAGAUAUUGUGUUUAUCAAGAAUCUACCAUACCAUCAAUCCCAAUAGACGUAUGUUAUCCAUCACCAUGUGGUCCGAACAGUCAAUGUAGGUCUUCAAACAAUCAGGCUGUAUGCUCAUGCCUACCAGAAUACAUCGGAUCACCACCUAAUUGUCGCCCAGAAUGCAUAGUCAGCUCCGAGUGUUCUCAUGACAAAGCUUGCAUCCAACAGAAAUGUACUAAUCCUUGUCCUGGGCCUUGUGGUGUAAAUACAAACUGUAAAGUAAUAAAUCACAGUCCUAUAUGCUCCUGUAAAGUUGCCUUUACGGGUGAUCCAUUCACAAGGUGUACCAUUAUCAGAAGUGAUCCUGUUCUUGACACAAGAAACCCGUGCAUUCCGUCACCUUGCGGUCCGAACUCGGAAUGUCGGGACAUUGGUAACACCCCCUCCUGCUCAUGUCUGCUAACGUUCAUUGGCAGCCCGCCAAAUUGUAGACCAGAAUGUACAAUACAUUCAGAAUGUCUUAGUGACAGAGCGUGUAUCAACUCUAAAUGCCAAGAUCCGUGUCCGGGAUCAUGCGGCAUAUCUGCCAUCUGUAGCGUUCAUAAUCAUAUCGCAAUAUGUACAUGUAUGGAAGGAUAUAUUGGAGAUCCGUUCACAAGCUGUAGAAUGAAACCAUUACAAGUGGAACCGGCAGUGAUUGAUGAAUGUACUAAUAUACGUUGUGGUUCAAACGCUGAAUGCAUAAAUGGACAAUGUCAUUGUUUACCGGAGUACCACGGUGAUCCGUACUUUAACUGUAGACCAGAAUGUGUGUAUAGCACGGAUUGUGAUCAUUCUAAGGCUUGCGUUCAAAGAAAAUGCGUCGACCCAUGCGUAGGAGCAUGCGGACAAAAUGCCGUUUGUCAAGUGGUUAAUCACAUCCCAAUGUGCAGUUGCAUCACAGGAUUUACGGGCAAUGCUUUUGUUUUAUGCAAUCCCAUAAGAGCUGCAGCAGAGCAGAACCCAUGCAGUACAGCAGUUUGUGGCCCUAACAGUCAAUGUCGAGAAAUCAACGACCAAGCUGUGUGUUCGUGUUUACCUACGUACUUGGGUAUACCACCUGCUUGUAGACCUGAAUGUGUAGGCAGUUCGGAAUGUCCACAGAAUCAAGCUUGUAUGAAUCAAAAAUGUGUAAACCCUUGUAUUGGCACAUGUGGUUUAAGAGCAACAUGUGAAGUGGUCAAUCACAAUCCCAUAUGUGCUUGCCCUCCAACAUAUUCUGGUGAUCCAUUCGUGGCAUGUUCUUUUGUUUCAAAUUCGCCACCGUUGGAAAUUAAUCCAUGUCAACCGUCACCGUGUGGGCCGAAUUCUAUUUGCAAAGACAUAAAUGGUACUCCAUCAUGUUCGUGCUUACCUGAAUACCAAGGUCAACCUCCUUACUGUAAACCCGAGUGUAUAAGCAACAGUGAAUGUUCACAACAUUUAGCCUGUGUGAAUCAGAAAUGCAAAGACCCGUGUCUGCAAGCUUGUGGGGCAAAUGCCGAAUGUCGCGUUGUUAGUCACACAGCAAUGUGUGUUUGUCCACAAGGCUAUUACGGAGAUCCUUUCACACAGUGUACACUUCAACCCUUAAAUGAAUUAUUAACUCCAUGUUCGCCAUCACCUUGUGGUCCAAAUGCUGUGUGUAGACAACAAAAUAAAGCAGGAUCUUGCGUUUGUAAUGAGGGAUAUUUUGGCAAUCCAUAUGAAGGCUGUCGACCUGAAUGUGUAUCUAGUUCAGACUGUCCAGGAAAUAGAGCCUGCAUAGGAAACAAAUGUCAAGAUCCAUGUCCAGGAACAUGUGGGGUAAAUGCGGAAUGUGCCACAGUCAACCAUUCUCCGACUUGUACUUGUGUUAUAGGUUAUACAGGCGACCCAUUCCGUCGAUGUAAUCCUAUGCCUGCACAUGAUCCAGUCACUAUAGAUGUAUGCCGUCCAAACCCAUGUGGACUAAAUAGCCAGUGUCGCGAAAUAAGUAAACAAGCAACAUGUAGCUGUUUACCAAAUUACUUUGGUGAGCCACCAAAUUGUAGACCGGAAUGUGUUUUGAGCUCCGAUUGUACGUCAGAUAAGGCUUGUGUAAAUCAAAAAUGUAUGAACCCGUGCCCAGGUCCUUGUGGAAAAAUGGCUGAGUGUCGUGUGUUUAAUCAUAAUCCUAUCUGCAGUUGCGGAUCUGGUUUCACAGGUGAUCCCUUUACAAGAUGCUAUCUUAAACCAAUACCUCAACCAGUUUUCGAUGAAACAAGAGAUCCUUGUUUACUAUCCCCCUGUGGCGCAUUUGCAACUUGCCGUAAUUUUGGUGGUCAACCUUCAUGUUCUUGUGCUCCGGGUUAUAUUGGUAGCCCUCCAAGGUGCCGUCCUGAAUGUGUUACUAACGAAGACUGUAUUAGUUCAUUGGCAUGUAUCAACGAGAAGUGUAAAGAUCCUUGUCUUGGCUCAUGUGGACAAAAUGCUCGAUGUUCAGUCCUCAAACACAUGGCCAUUUGUACCUGUUUAGACGGUUAUAAGGGAGAUCCAUUCACCGCUUGCACAGUACAACCCUUGCAAACGCCAAUACCAUUAGAUUUGUGUAACCCGUCACCUUGUGGCUCUAAUACAAAAUGUGACAAUGGAGAGUGUACAUGUUUGCCCGAAUAUCAUGGUGACCCCUACGUUGGGUGUCGACCUGAAUGCACAGUAAGUUCGGAUUGUGAGAGAAACCAGAUAUGUAUGCGUAAAAAAUGUGUCAAUCCGUGUCCAGAUACUUGUGGGACGAAUGCAGUCUGCGAGGUAUUUAACCAUGUACCAAUGUGUAGUUGUCCUGCGGGAUAUACGGGGAAUUCUUUCAUUUCGUGUAAUGUACUUCAAGCUUCAUUACCGACAAACCCAUGUAAUCCAAGUCCCUGUGGACCAAACAGUCAAUGUCGAGAGAUGAACAAUGUAGCCGUGUGCUCUUGCAUUCCUGGUUAUUCUGGUAAUCCUCCAACUUGUAGAGCAGAAUGUACUACUAGUGCUGAAUGUUCUCUAAAUAAAGCUUGCAAUAAUUACAAAUGUAUCGACCCCUGCACUGGAGCGUGUGGAAUAAGGGCUAAUUGUCAAGUUGUUAACCAUAAUCCGAUAUGUUCAUGCCCUAAUGAAUACACUGGUGAUCCGUUUACAAGAUGUGUACCUAAACCACAAGAAAUUCCCCAACAAAUAAGUCCAUGUCAACCAUCACCUUGUGGACCUAAUGCAGUUUGUCAAGCUAUAAAUGAUUCACCAUCAUGUACGUGUAUGCCAGAGUUUACAGGAUCUCCACCUAACUGCCGACCAGAAUGUACAAGUAACAGCGAGUGUGCUAAUGACUUAGCUUGUGUUAAUAACAAAUGUCGUGAUCCUUGCAUAGGAGCCUGUGGUUCCAAUGCCCAAUGUCGGGUAGUAAGUCAUACUCCAAAUUGUGUAUGUCCGCAAGGAUUUAUUGGUGAUCCAUUCUUAUAUUGUAAUGCACGUCACGACGUCCCAUCCUUAGAACAAGUGACACCUUGCUCACCAUCACCAUGCGGCAGUAAUGCUAUUUGUAAAGAACGUAAUAAUGCCGGCUCUUGUGUUUGUUCUCCUGGAUAUUUCGGAAAUCCUUAUGAAGGUUGUCGACCUGAAUGCACAGUUAACACCGAUUGCCCUUCGAAUAAAAUUUGUCUACAAAAUAAAUGUCAAGAUCCAUGUCCUGGUACGUGUGGCACUAAUGCUCAGUGUCAGACAGUAAAUCAUGCUCCUAUUUGCUCAUGCAUCAACGGAUACACUGGUAAUCCAUCCCAAUAUUGCAGUAUUAUUCAACAAACCGAAGCACCAAAAAAUCCAUGUUCACCCUCACCAUGUGGUUAUAAUAGUGUAUGCAAAGUAAUAAACAAUCAGUCAGUGUGUACUUGCUUACCAGAAUACAGAGGUAGUCCGCCUAAUUGCAAACCCGAAUGCAUCGUCAGUGCUGAAUGUGUUUCAAAUAGGGCAUGUGUUAAUUUAAAAUGUGUUGACCCGUGCAUUGGACAGUGUGGUCACAAUGCUAAUUGUCUCGUUAUCAAUCACAGUCCAAUUUGUUCAUGCCAAAAUGGAUUUACGGGUGAUCCAUUCAGUAGAUGCUAUCAGCUAGUAACAGCUAUCGUUGUGCAAUCAGAACCGAAAAAUCCGUGUUUGCCUUCACCUUGUGGACCGUUUAGUGAAUGUAGGGACAUUGGAGGCAUACCUUCUUGCACUUGCUCUAUUAAUUACAUAGGAGCCCCACCAGCUUGUCGACCUGAGUGCGUAAUCAAUUCCGACUGCUCGAGUAACUUGGCAUGCAUCAACCAAAGGUGUAAAGAUCCAUGUCCGGGUUCCUGUGGACUUAAUGCAAAGUGCACGGUUACGAAAAACACCCCUAUAUGCACUUGUAUCGAAAAUUAUAUUGGAGAUGCCUUUACAGCGUGUAAACUUCAAGAGACACCAGUUCAAGAUGAAGUGGAUUUAUGUAAUCCAUCACCUUGUGGUGCUAACGCAGUUUGCAAUAACGGUGAAUGCUCAUGUUUACCAGAAUAUCAUGGAGACCCAUAUUUCGAAUGUCGUCCUGAAUGUGUGCUCAGUUCAGACUGCUCCCAAGAUAAAGCAUGUUUCCGAAAGAAAUGCGUAAAUCCUUGCAACGCCGGCGUGUGUGCACCUAACGCUAUAUGUGAAGUUGUUAAUCAUAUUCCAAUGUGUAGAUGCCCAGAAAGAAUGACGGGUAACGCAUUUAUUCAAUGUUCACAUUUGGAAGUUGUCCACACUCAACCGUGUCAACCAAGUCCGUGUGGUCCCAAUAGUCAAUGUCGGGAAAUAAAUAAUCAAGCAGUAUGCUCUUGUCUAAGUGGAUACAAAGGUAGUCCACCGUCAUGCAGACCGGAGUGCACAGUUAGUACAGAUUGUUUGCCCAAUGAAGCCUGCAGCAAUAUGAAGUGUCUCAAUCCCUGUCAAGGAUCAUGCGGUGUCGGAGCAAAAUGUCAAGUAAUUAAUCAUAAUCCAAUUUGUUCAUGCCCGCCGUCAUAUACUGGAAAUCCAUUCAUUAGAUGUAUUAUCCAAGAAUUUACUCCGGAGUAUGUCAACCCUUGUCAACCAACGCCAUGUGGACCGAAUUCGAUUUGCAAAGAAACAUCAGAUACUCCGUCAUGUUCGUGUAUGAACGGCUAUGUGGGUUCACCACCAAAUUGCAAACCGGAAUGUAUUAGUAAUUCUGAGUGCCCAAUUCAUCUCGCCUGUAUAAAUAAGAAAUGUGUUGACCCUUGUAUUGGCUCAUGUGGUACAAAUGCUCAGUGUCAUGUAAUAAGCCACUCACCGUCAUGUUCAUGUGAGCCUGGAUAUACUGGAAAUCCUUUCAUAGAAUGCAAUCGCAUUGAAACAGUUCAAGACUUUACAACACCUUGUCAACCAUCUCCUUGUGGUGCUAAUGCCAUUUGCAAAGAGUACAAUGGAGCUGGAUCAUGUACAUGCUUACCUGAAUACUUUGGUAACCCUUAUGAAGGCUGUAAACCUGAGUGUCUAAUAAAUACAGACUGUCCAUCAAACAAAGCUUGUCUUCAGAAUAAGUGUCGAGACCCAUGUCCCGGAGCUUGCGCGCCAAAUGCUAUGUGUCAGGUUGUAAAUCAUGCUCCAUCGUGCUCUUGUCAACGCGGGUAUACUGGAGAUCCAUUCCGAUACUGCAAUAUUGAAAAAUUUACGGACACAUCUACUCACGUAUGUCAACCUUCACCAUGCGGGCCGAAUAGUCGAUGUCAAGAAGUAAAUAAACAAGCAGUAUGCUCUUGUUUACCGGAAUAUAAAGGAGUACCUCCGGGUUGCCACCCUGAGUGUGUGACCAGUGCGGAAUGCGCAAGAGACAAAGCUUGUAUAAACCAAAAAUGUGAAAACCCGUGCCUGGAUACAUGUGGGAUCAACGCUGAUUGCAAAAUUAUUAAUCACAGUCCCAUUUGUUCCUGCAAACCCCUAUACACGGGUGAUCCGUUCACAAGAUGCAACCCAAUACCACAAGCGGACAUCAUUGACAAAUGUAACCCAUCGCCAUGCGGCACAAAUGCUAUUUGCAACGAUGGAUUGUGUACCUGUAUUGAAGAACAUCAAGGAGAUCCAUACAUUGGCUGUAGACCUGAAUGUGUACUUAGUUCUGACUGCCCACGGGAUAAGGCUUGUGCAAAAAAUAAAUGCAUUGAUCCUUGUUUCGGUACUUGCGGUAUGAACGCAAUUUGUGAUGUUAUCAAUCAUGUUCCAAUGUGUAGUUGCCCUCAAGGCAUGACUGGAAACGCAUUUUACAAUUGCGACCGUAUACAAGUACCCAUUGUGACAAAUCCUUGUGAUCCAUCACCUUGUGGACCAAACAGCCAAUGUAGGGAAGUAAAUGGCCAGGCUGUAUGUACAUGUGUGCUUGGCUAUUUAGGCAGCCCGCCUUUAUGUAGACCUGAAUGUGUGGUUAGUUCUGACUGCCCAGCUAAUAGAGCGUGUAGUAAUCAGAAAUGCAUCGAUCCUUGUAUUGGCUCAUGUGGCGUUCAAGCGAAAUGUAACGUAGUAAAACACAACCCCAUAUGCAUAUGUCCGCCAAAAUAUACUGGUGAUCCAUUUACAAGAUGUGUGCCGUAUAGAGCGCCUGUUACUGACAUAACACCGUGUACUCCAUCUCCAUGUGGACCAAAUUCUAUAUGUAAAGAAUUAUCAGGCAUCCCAUCAUGUACUUGUUUACCAAAUUUCUCUGGUUCUCCACCAUAUUGUAGACCAGAAUGCUCUAGCAACAAUGAAUGUCCUUCUAAUCAGGCUUGUUUGACUCAGAAAUGCCAAGACCCUUGUACCAAUGCAAUGAACUGCGGUGCUAAUGCCAAAUGUAAAACGAUAAGUCACUCUCCAAUGUGUUUUUGUGAUAAUGGCUUAACAGGGGAUCCGUACUCGUAUUGUGAACAACAACAAGAUUUUUAUCCAGAAAAAACUUCUCCUUGUGAACCAUCACCAUGUGGUUCAAACGCAAUAUGCAAGGAAUUUAAUUCAGCUGGGUCUUGUUCUUGUCUCCCCUAUUAUAUCGGAAAUCCAUAUGAAGGUUGUCGACCUGAAUGUACAGUUAAUACAGACUGUGUGCCAAGCAAGUCUUGUAUCCGCAAUAAAUGUCAAGACCCAUGCCCUGGGACAUGUGGACUAAUUGCGAUUUGUACGGUAGUUAAUCAUCUACCUACUUGUACAUGUCCCGUUGGAUACUCUGGCGAUCCAUAUAAAAGAUGCGAUAUCUUGAAAGAAUCAAUUCCUGAAAUUACAACGCCUUGUAGUCCAAAUCCUUGUGGACCUAAUAGUAUGUGCCGUGCUGUUAACGGUCAAAGUGUUUGCUCUUGUAUGUCUGAUUUUGUCGGCUCUCCUCCAGGCUGUAGGCCAGAAUGUACAGUUAGUUCUGAAUGUGCUACCAACAAAGCUUGUAUUAAUCAAAGGUGUUCUGAUCCUUGCCCUGGACAUUGUGGACUAAAUGCAAAUUGCAGAGUAGUGAAUCAUAGUCCUAUAUGUUCAUGUAUUUCUGGCUUUAUCGGCGAUCCCUUCACUCGUUGUUAUCUUCAAGCAGUCCAACAGCUCCCAGAAGCAGUAAGAAAUCCAUGUGUACCUAGUCCUUGUGGCUCAAAUGCAAUUUGCAAUGAAAUUAAUGGUAUUCCAUCAUGCACAUGUUUACCUGAAUAUCAAGGACUUCCACCUAAUUGCCACCCUGAGUGCGCAAUAAAUCAAGAUUGUCCAUCAGAUAAGGCAUGCAUAAAUCAAAAGUGCCGUGAUCCUUGCCCAGGCAGCUGUGGACAAAAUGCUGUUUGUAGUGUAUUUUCACAUGUACCGGCCUGUACGUGUAGUCAAGGCUAUACUGGAGAUCCAUUCUCUUCAUGUGUUUUAGUUCCAUUGAUUGAAGAUGAUACUCCAGUGGAUAUUUGUAACCCAUCACCGUGUGGAUUUAACGCUAAUUGUAGAGAUGGAAUUUGUACAUGCAUAAAUGAUUAUCACGGGGACCCAUAUUUAGGCUGUAAACCUGAAUGUUUAUCUAACACGGAAUGUGCGUUAGAAAAAGUGUGCUCUCGAAAUAAAUGCGUGAACCCGUGUCCUGGAACUUGUGCAUCAACAGCUUUGUGUAACGUGUACAAUCAUAUACCAAUUUGCACCUGCCCUGAAGGAAUGACAGGCAAUGCUUUUGUCGAAUGUCAUACAUAUGAAGUUAUGUACGUCGAACCUUGCGAUCCAAAUCCUUGCGGUCCUAACAGCCAAUGCCGACCAAUAAAUCAUCAAGCUGUUUGCUCAUGUCUGCCUUCGUUUAUUGGUAGUCCUCCAUCCUGUAGACCAGAAUGUACAAUCAGUGCCGAAUGUUUACUUAAUGAAGCCUGUAACAAUCAUAGAUGUAUAAAUCCUUGCAUUGGCACUUGUGGUUUUGGAGCGAAAUGUGAAGUGGUUAAUCACAAUCCAAUAUGUUCCUGCCCCGCACAUUUCACAGGAGACCCAUUUGCACGUUGCGUUCCAAUAGUCGCUACGCCCCUACCACCCGUCGAUCCGUGCACUCCUUCACCUUGUGGUCCAUAUUCAAUUUGCAAAAUCAUCGGAGACUCGCCAUCUUGCGUUUGUCAGUCUGACUACACAGGUACUCCCCCUAAUUGUCGACCAGAAUGUGUCAGUAACACCGAGUGUUCAAGCAACUUAGCAUGUGUUAAUCAAAAAUGCAAGGACCCAUGUCCAGGAAGCUGCGGCUACAAUGCAGACUGCAAAGUCAUCAGCCACGCAUUAGUUUGUACAUGCCCAUUUGGACAAACUGGGGACCCUCUUAUUUCAUGUGCUCCUGUGAAAGAAACCAUAAUUGAAUAUAACUCACCAUGUGAACCUUCACCUUGUGGACUUAAUUCUGAGUGUAUAGAAAAGAAAGGAACUGGAGCAUGUAAAUGUCUGGAUACUUAUGUGGGUAACCCUUAUGAAGGAUGUCGUCCUGAGUGCGUUAUUAAUAGCGAUUGUCCACCUAUGUUGGCUUGCGUUCAGAAUAAAUGUAAAGAUCCUUGUCCAGGUGUAUGCGCACCAAAUGCAAUAUGCCAAGUUGUAAACCACCUACCGUCAUGUAACUGUCCACCUGGGUUAACUGGAAAUGCUUACGUCAACUGCAUAGAAAAACAAGAAGAUACAUCUAAGCCAGCACCUUGCACGCCUUCCCCGUGUGGUCCAAACAGUCAGUGCAGAGAAAUAAAUUCUCAGGCAGUUUGCAGUUGUCAACCUGAAUUUAUGGGCUCGCCACCCAAUUGUCGACCAGAAUGUACGAUCAAUAGUGAAUGCCCUAAUAACAAAGCUUGUCUUAAUAGAAAAUGUGUUAAUCCCUGUGAAGGGCAAUGUGCUAGGAAUGCAAACUGUAGAGUAAUUGCUCAUAAUCCCAUAUGUUCAUGUCAAGAAAGUUUUACUGGAGAUCCUUUUACUAAUUGUGUAUCAGCACCAGUAGCGCUUUCACCACCAGAAAUUACUUAUGUUAAUCCAUGCGUACCGUCGCCUUGCGGACCAAAUUCACAGUGCCAAGAGUUUAAUGGCAAGGCACGCUGCACGUGUCUACAAAAUUACAUAAGUUCACCGCCCCGUUGCCGACCGGAAUGUAGUAUCAAUUCGGAGUGUAAUGCUGUAAUGGCAUGUAUCAACAACAGAUGUACCGACCCGUGUCCUGGAGCGUGUGGCAUCAAUGCGCAAUGUAUUGUAAACAAUCACUUGCCAAUUUGCUCCUGUUUACUGGGUUACACUGGGGAUCCGUUUAGUAGUUGUCAAAUAGUUCAACUAGAUCUAGAGCCAGUUAAUCCUUGUUCACCAUCACCAUGUGGUCCUAAUGCCGUGUGUAACAGUGGCGUCUGCUCAUGCAUUCCCGAAUAUUUCGGAGAUCCCUACAUUGGAUGUAAACCUGAGUGUGUUCUAAAUUCUGAUUGUGCAAGAGAUAAGACCUGUAUAAGAAAUAAAUGUAAUAAUCCCUGUAUUGGCACGUGUGGCACUGGUGCUAUAUGUGAAACUAUUAACCAUAUACCGAUGUGCUCGUGCCCACAAGGGUUUUCAGGGUCACCGUUCCACUAUUGUAAUGCAGUACAAGAGGCGCCAGUUAGUGUAUGUGAACCAUCUCCUUGCGGACCUAACAGUCAGUGCAGGGAAGUGAACGGUCAUGCCGUAUGCGUGUGCAUUCAAAGGUACAUUGGCAGCCCACCAAAUUGUCGCCCCGAAUGUACAAUUAGCUCUGAUUGUAAAUUAAAUCAAGCUUGUUCCAAUCAAAAAUGUAUCGACCCUUGCCCAGGGGCUUGCGGGCGUUAUACGCACUGUAUAGUUGUCAAUCAUAACCCAAUAUGUACCUGUGUAUCUGGAUAUUCUGGAGACCCAUUCACUACGUGUCAAUUAAUUCCUGCUUCACCACCGGAAAGGAUCAAUCCAUGCCUACCAUCACCGUGUGGUCCUAAUUCACAAUGUAUAGAGAAUGGAGAUAAUGCUGAGUGCAAAUGUUUGUCAGAAUUUAUUGGUUUGCCGCCAAACUGUCGACCUGAAUGUACAAGCAAUACAGAGUGCGCAUUGAAUAUGGCUUGCAUAAACAGAAAGUGCCAAGAUCCAUGUCGUGGUUCAUGUGGAGUGAACGCUGAAUGUAGAGUGGUCAGCCACACACCCAUAUGUUUGUGUCAGAAUGGUUACACUGGCGAUCCAUUCUUAUCAUGUAAUAUUGAAUCUGCUCCUACAAUAUUGGAACGUCCAACUCCGUGCGUACCUUCUCCAUGUGGAGUGAACGCUGAAUGCAGAGAGCAUAAUAAUGCUGGGGCUUGUGCCUGCAUCGCUGGUUAUUUCGGCAAUCCAUAUGAAGCUUGCAAAGCGGAAUGUUUGAUAAAUUCCGACUGUCCAUCUAAUUUGGCCUGUUACCAAAACAAAUGUCAUGAUCCGUGUCCCGGCACGUGUGGUAUAAAUGCAUUAUGCAAUGUAAUUAAUCAUAUUCCAAAUUGCAUAUGCCCAGACAAACACUAUGGCAAUCCAUACGAGCUGUGCUCCUUUAAGGUUGAAGAAGAUUAUACAGAUCCGUGCAAUCCUUCUUCGUGUGGACCAAACAGUCAAUGCAAGUCGCAAAAUGGUUUCGCUAUAUGUACUUGCCUUAGUGGUUAUCAAGGAUCACCACCAAUGUGUCGGCCAGAAUGUGUUGCAAGUUCAGAAUGUUCUUUAGAUAAAGUAUGCGAAAACUUUAAAUGUGUAUCUCCCUGCGAAAAAGCAUGCGGUGUACAAUCAGAUUGCCGUGUAAUAAAACACAAUCCAAUUUGUACGUGUAAACAAGGUUACACUGGCGAUCCAUUUUCGAUUUGUUAUAUUAUGCUGUUAACACAACCCACUGUACAAGCAGAACCAGUAAAUCCGUGCAUACCUUCCCCUUGUGGGUUGAAUGCUGAGUGCCGUGAUGUUGGCGGUAUUCCAUCAUGUUCUUGUUUCGUAGGAUAUUUUGGUACCCCGCCUAACUGUAAGCCAGAAUGUGUUGUCAACACAGAUUGUAGCAAUGACAAGGCUUGUAUGAACAUGAAGUGUCAAAACCCGUGUCUAGGUUCUUGCGGUUUGAAUGCUAUAUGUAAUGUAAUAAACCAUAUACCGAUUUGUUUCUGCCCAACGGGUUAUACAGGUGAUCCAUUCGCAAUGUGCGCUAUCAAACCACCAGAAAAAACAGAAGACGUUGACCCUUGUCAUCCGUCACCUUGUGGCGCAAAUACCAUAUGUAAUAACGGCGUAUGUAGUUGUUUGCCUGAAUAUCAAGGAGACCCAUAUUUUGGCUGUCGACCUGAAUGCGUCUUAAGCACAGACUGUCCCUUAGAUAAGGCAUGCUUACGGUCGAAAUGCGUUAACCCAUGUCGAGAUAUGUGUGGAUUGAACGCUGAAUGUAAUGUUUAUAAUCACGUAGCAAUUUGUAGUUGUCCAAUGGGUAUGAGUGGAGACGCAUUUACUCAAUGCCAAAAGAUCGAAACAACUACCAGCAAGCCGUGUGACCCAUCACCAUGUGGACCUAAUAGUGUUUGCAGACAAGCAAAUGGUCAAGCAAGUUGUGCCUGUAUUCAAGGAUUUACAGGCAAUCCACCUAAUUGUCGACCCGAGUGUAUUCAGAGUACGGAUUGCUCUCCGUCUCUGGCUUGUAUCAAUCGAAAAUGUCAAGAUCCUUGUCCAGGUUCAUGCGGCCAUAACGCAUUGUGCAAUGUUAAUAAACACAACCCAAUAUGUACUUGUCCUCCACGUCAUACGGGUUCUCCAUUUAGUUACUGCUACGUUCAAAUUGAGGAUGAACCACUUGUAAAUCCCUGCGUACCGUCACCUUGCGGUCCAAAUAGUAUAUGCACUCCAAGAGGCGACUCAUACCAUUGUUCGUGCCAACCAACAUUUGAAGGAAACCCACCUCAAUGUCAACGAGAGUGCACUACAAGCGAUGAUUGUGCAUCGAAUAAAGCUUGCAUUAACUAUAAGUGUAAAGACCCCUGCCCUGGAUCUUGUGGGACCAACACGCAAUGUGCUGUACGCCUGCAUAGCCCUAUGUGCUCAUGUCAAGAUGGUUACACCGGCGACCCGUUCACAUUUUGCUAUCUUAUACCAUCACCAGUUGAAAAAUUGGAUCCAUGUAACCCAACCCCCUGUGGCACUAACGCCCUUUGUAAAGUUUCAAGAAAUGGUAUUGGAGCAUGUAUUUGUGAAGUUGGUUAUUUUGGGAAUCCCUACGAGACCUGUACACCUGAGUGUGUGGUUAAUACCGAUUGCCAAUUUAAUAAAGCGUGUCUCAAGAAUAAAUGUGAAGAUCCAUGUCCAGGAGUUUGUGGUUCCACGGCUUUAUGUGAAGUAAUCAAUCAUAUCCCGUCCUGCAAUUGUGCUCCUGGUUAUACUGGAAAUCCGUAUAAUUACUGCCAUAUUAUAAUAAAUGAACCCAUACCAGCCCCUCAAAAUCCUUGCUCGCCGAAUCCAUGUGGAAGUAAUUCUAUUUGUAAGGAUAACAAUGGAUUAGCAUCUUGUUCAUGUUUGCCUGAUUUCUUCGGAUUGCCGCCGAAUUGUCGACCUGAAUGCACUGUCAACUCAGAAUGUGAUGCGACUAAGAGUUGUGUAAGACAAAAAUGUAUAAACCCAUGUAUUGGUGCCUGUGGACAGAAUUCUGAAUGCAAAGUUGUAAAUCAUGCACCAAUAUGUUCCUGCGGGAGUGGUUUUGAAGGUGAUCCGUUUAUUAGAUGUGCUCCUGUUAUUGAAACUCAGGCUCCAGUUCAAAAUCCAUGCGCACCAUCUCCAUGUGGACCAAAUUCUGUUUGUCAAAUUGUCAAUCAAGUACCUUCAUGCACUUGCAUCGAAAACUUUAUCGGUACUCCACCCAACUGCCGUCCGGAAUGUACUGUGAACUCAGAUUGCCCUAGCAACAAAGCUUGUAUAAAUAUUAAGUGCCGCGACCCUUGUCUGGGUUCAUGCGGUUUACAAACAGAAUGUCAGGUAUAUCAGCAUGCCGCUAUAUGCAGUUGUAGAGAAGGAUAUACCGGCAACCCAUUCGAAAGUUGUCACGUAAAACAGGAGAUAGAACAAGUACCAUCUGUUUACGAUAAAUGUAAUCCGAGUCCAUGUGGAGCAAAUGCUGAAUGUAAUGACGGGCUUUGCACAUGUAUCCCUAACUAUUUUGGCAAUCCUUAUCUAAGUUGUCGUCCAGAGUGCACACAUAAUUCUGAUUGCGACCCAACGAUGACCUGUGUGAACAAUAAAUGCAUAAAUCCGUGCAUAAAUCUAUGCGGGCAGGAUGCGUUGUGUGAAGUUUUUAACCACAUACCAAUGUGUAGUUGUCCAUUGAAUACAAGUGGAAAUGCCUUCUUUUCAUGCAAGCAAAUAACAGUCACGCCAGAAAAUAGAAAUCCCUGUGUGCCAUCACCAUGUGGGCCUUACAGUGUGUGUCGAACAUUGAACGAACAAGCUAUGUGCUCAUGUUUAAUUGGUUACUUUGGAACACCACCUUCAUGUCGACCGGAAUGUUUAGUCGAAUCUGAUUGCACAAGUCUCAUGUCGUGCUCCAAUCAAAAGUGUAUAAACCCAUGUAUUGGAUCUUGUGGGUUAAGUGCAGAGUGUCGUAUUCAUAACCACAAGCCUAUCUGUUACUGCAGAAAUGGUUUUACUGGUGAUCCAUUUACUCGAUGCAUUGCAAUUAAAAGUGAAUCAUUACCACCAAGAAGAACACCGUGUGAGCCAUCACCAUGUGGACCAAAUUCUGAAUGUCGCGCAAUACACGAUUCACCUUCGUGUUCGUGUACAACUGGUUACAUAGGACAACCGCCGUAUUGUCGCCCGGAAUGCGUUGUUAACAGUGAAUGUAGCUUUGAUAAGGCCUGUAUCAACAACAAAUGUGCUGAUCCGUGUAUUGGUGCUUGUGGGCUUAACACAGAAUGUCGGGUUAUUAGCCAUUCACCACAGUGUGCAUGUCAACCAGGAUACGAAGGAGACUCAUUCUAUCAAUGCACUCCAAUUAAAGUUACUCCAGUUCAAAAUCCGGCAAUCUCAAUCGAACCUUGCAUACCAAACCCCUGUGGGGCUAAUGCUAUAUGUCAAGAACGUAACAACGCCGGCAGUUGUACAUGUGUAACUGGGUACUUCGGCGAUCCUUAUGAAGGUUGCAGGCCCGAGUGUGUCCUGAACUCUGACUGUUCAGAAAACCUAGCAUGUAUCAAUAACAAAUGUCAAGAUCCUUGCCCUGGACUUUGCGGAAUAAGAGCUGAAUGUAAAAUCAUUAAUCAUGUUCCCAACUGUGUUUGCUCUUUGGGAUACGUCGGUAAUCCAUAUGAUAAAUGUAUACUUAGAACAGAACCAGCAACUGAUCCCUGUAAUCCGUCGCCGUGUGGUCCAUACAGUAUAUGUAAUGCUAUUAAUAAUAAAGCAAUUUGUGCUUGUCAGCCAGAAUAUAUAGGGCAUCCUCCAAAUUGCCGGCCAGAAUGUAUGAUGAGCUCAGAAUGUAUUCUUGAAAAGGCAUGUGUCAGACAAAAAUGUAUUGACCCGUGUGUUGGAGCAUGUGGAGAAAAUGCAAAAUGCGGUGUACAUCAUCAUAGUCCUUACUGUACAUGUCUUCCUGGAUAUGAAGGAGAUCCAUUCCUCAGAUGUUCAAAGGAGAAAAUAUUAAAACCAAUACCAAAAACUCCCUGUGAACCAAAUCCGUGUGGUCCUUUCUCCUUUUGCAGAGAUAACGCAGGCACCGCAAUUUGUAGUUGCAAAGAGGGAUACUUUGGUGCGCCACCAAACUGUGAGCCAGAAUGUACAAUUAACGAAGAUUGUCCAAACAAUAGAGCUUGUGUCCGAGAGAGAUGUAUAGAUCCUUGUCUCGGUUCUUGCGGGCCAAAUGCUGAAUGUAGAGCAAUGAAUCACGUGGCUAUAUGCACUUGUUUACAAGGCUACCGUGGUAAUUCCUUUGAAGGAUGUUAUAUACACGAUGAACCACAAUUACCAGCACCUGUUGACAGUUGUUCCCAAAAUCCUUGUGGAAUUAAUGCUAUCUGCAGCAAUGGUACGUGUUCAUGUAUUCAAGGAUAUCAUGGCAAUCCUACCAUUGAAUGUCGACCUGAAUGUACUACAGAUAAUGAGUGUGAUAAGCAAAAAGCCUGCGUCAACUAUAAAUGUGUGGAUCCGUGCAGAAAUGCCUGUGGUCUCGAUGCUAUUUGCAAUGUUUAUAAUCAUAUAGCAAUAUGCGAGUGUCCAGCACCUCUUCAGGGAGAUGCAUUCAUAGCGUGUCGGCGUGUUAUUGCUACUGUAGAGUCGUCUCCGUGUUCUCCAAACCCGUGUGGACCAAACAGCGUGUGUCAUGCUCAAGGGACCGUUGCACACUGCUCAUGUCGACCACCAAUGAUGUCAGAUCCACCAAGCUGCCGACCUGAGUGCCGCAGCUCAUCUGAUUGCAGCCCCGCGUUAGCUUGUCGUAACGGCAAAUGUCGCGACCCCUGUCCUGGUGUUUGCGGCGCUCAUGCUCUUUGCCGUACAACCAUGCACUCCCCAAUCUGUACUUGUCCGCUUGGCUAUACCGGCGACCCCUUCAUACGUUGUUUACCAGUCCUAGAUUCAGAACCCAAAAAAGAAACACCUUGCUCGGAUUGUGGACUAAACGCUGACUGUAUCGACGGCCGCUGUCACUGCAGAUUUGGAUUUGUUGGAACCCCGCCAUUAUGUCGUUAUGAGUGUCUUGAAUCUAGUGAUUGCGAGUGGCAUCUAACAUGCAUUAACAGACAUUGUGUAAACCCGUGCCCUGGAGCCUGUGGCCAGGGAGCAGAAUGUUCUCCAGUAGCUCACGAGCCCCGCUGUUCUUGUCCCCCACCUACUACUGGAAACCCUCUUGCAGCGUGUCAUCACAUCGAACAAAUUCCCAAACCUCCAAACGAUCCCUGUUUUCCGUCACCUUGCGGCCCUGGCGCCUUUUGCAGGACGAAGGGAGCAGGUGCUUCUUGUGAGUGUGAACCAGGAUUACGGGGCGAUCCGUAUACAGGAUGUCGACCAGAAUGUGUUGCAGAUUCAGAUUGUUCACCUUCAAAGGCUUGUAUACGCUCUCAUUGCCGUGAUCCUUGCCAAGGUACUUGCGGUGUUGGAGCAGAUUGUGAGACUGUCAACCAUAUACCGUUAUGUUCAUGCCCACCUGGCACCAGAGGCAAUGCAUUUGAAAGAUGUCACGUUGAAAUAACCAAACCACCAUGUACACCGUCGCCAUGCGGACCAGGUGCUGUGUGUUCGGUAGCAGGUGACAUUGCAAUGUGUUCGUGUCCCAGCGGCACGUUUGGUGAUGCGUCUACAACAGGAUGCCGACCGGAAUGUGUCGUUAGCUCAGAAUGCCAACGCGAUCGCACUUGUGUGCGUAAUAAGUGCGUCGAUCCAUGUCCCGGAACUUGCGGCAAUGGCGCCAUGUGCCGUGUAUUUAACCACGCGCCCAUAUGUUGGUGCCCACAAAGAACAACAGGGGACCCAUUCGUUAACUGCAUAGAAACCGCUCCCGUUAACGCGUCUGACCUGUGUGACCCUAAUCCAUGUGGACCACAUGGUACCUGCCGUGCUGGAAUUUGCACAUAUUACGAGUGUACUGUCAAUGAUGAUUGUCCUGGACACCGUUCUUGUAUUAACAGAAAAUGUACAGAUCCAUGCGUAAAUGCAUGUGGUAUUAACGCUAUUUGCACUGGUGUGAGACAUGCCCCGGUAUGUUCUUGCCCCGCUGGAUAUACGGGCUCACCAUUUGUAAGAUGUGAUCGUAUUGUUAUCACGGAUCGACCUUUACCUGUACCAGAAUGUGUAACUGAUAGUCAAUGCGCCGACAACGCAGCGUGUGUCGGCACUCACUGUUCCCCGGUUUGUGAACCCAAUAUCUGUGGCCUCAAUGCACGCUGCAUAGCCAAACAGCAUCGAGCACUUUGCACGUGUUUACCCAACUACGAAGGUGAUGGUUACACAGGAUGUUACUCUGUACAAUGCCACAGCAACAACGACUGCCCCGAUGAUGAGAGCUGUGAGAGCGGUUCAUGUAUGAAAGUUUGUUUAAGAACACGUUGCGGCAUAGAAGCACAUUGCGUCGCUCGGGGACACACUGCGUCGUGCGAAUGUGAUGCUGGCGCUCAUGGCAACGCAUUUAUUGGAUGUCGUAGAGCUGAAUGUGUUGUAGACGAAGACUGCGCUUCAUGGCUGGCGUGUUCUCGUGAAACAUGCAAGGACCCAUGUCUUGGAGCAUGUGCUCAGGGUGCUAUCUGUACUGUUGAGCGUCAUGUACCUAAUUGUGAGUGUCCUAGAGGUACACAGGGUAAUCCGAAGAUCGACUGUCAGCCGGUUGUUGACCAAACACUAUGUGAAUUGGACGCUGAAUGUGGACCUGAUUUGGCUUGCCUACAAGGCCAAUGCAGGAAUCCUUGUGAGCCUACGUCAUGCGGCUCCCGAGCAAUAUGUCGAGUUGCAAAUACACUACCCUUCCGUACACUUGUUUGCGAGUGCCCCAAGCCACUCGUUGGCGAUGCCUCAGUACAAUGUAACCCUAGAGGGGAAUGUAACUCUGAUUCGGAGUGCAGUUCAGAAGAGCGGUGUCUGAAUCGUCAAUGCGUUAGCGCAUGUGCUGAUAUGAAAUGUGGUGUCGGCGCCCAAUGCCGCGCAGCUGAUCAUCGUGGCCAUUGCACAUGUGUACCACCACUACGUGGCAACCCUCUCGUUGCCUGCACUCUAUCGGAUGAUCCAAAUCCUGGAUGUACAACUGACUCCGAAUGUGGUACUGCGGAAGCGUGUGUAUCACGGCGUUGCAUAUCAGCAUGCGCCAGUGCGUGCGGUUCUGGUGCUCUUUGUGAUGCAACAAACCAUCGUGCUCGAUGCCACUGCCCACCAGGAACGGCUGGAGAUCCCGCAAGAUAUUGUUAUACACCUGAGUGUACAUCAGACGAGGAUUGUCCUUUCGAUAAGAGCUGCAUCAACGGAUAUUGCCAAGACCCUUGUCGCUUGGGUACCCCCUGUGGACGCGACGCUAACUGUGUAGUGGUUGCACAUGUUACUAGCUGUCGUUGUCCUCCCGGCACUCAAGGCGACCCCCGCCGUGCCUGUGUUUCUGGAAUCUGUCACUACAACGAGGACUGUGACGACUCUCAAGUGUGUAACCGACUUAACCGACAAUGUCAACCAGCAUGUUCUGACCAGUCAUGUGCUCCUGAUGCAAUAUGUACCGCUAAAAACCAUCGAGCUAUCUGCACGUGCCCUUCGGACCGUAGUGGGGAACCAUACAGUCGAGGCUGUAGUACACCACAGAACCACAGUGAGUGUACCACAGACUCUGACUGUUCCACACCUUUGGCCUGCGUUAAUGCACACUGUGUAAAUCUCUGCCUCGGCAAUCCAUGCGAUUCUGACCUGAUUUGCAAGAUUGUUGACAUAUUACCAUUACGUGCAGUGGCUUGUGUCUGUCCCGAUGGUGGUCGCGUAGCACCCGAUAAUGGAUGUCGAACUCCACCACAAGCUGAAUGCACAAGCGAUACUGAUUGCUCCAAUACUGAAACAUGUCAUCGUGGAAGCUGCGUGGAGUCUUGUAGAGCCGAUCCUUGUGGUCAAAACGCAAUCUGCGAAUCUAUUGACCAUUCAUCUCGCUGCACAUGUGCCCCUGGAUAUACUGGAAAUGCUCGAAUUGAAUGCAAUAAUGUACCCCGAACACCGCUAUUUGAAUGCUACAAUGACGAAGAGUGUGGUUUUGAGCGAUCAUGUCUUGAUCGCACGUGCGUGAAUCCUUGUAACAACGCAUGUGGCCUCGGAGCACUGUGUCGCAUUAUAGAUCAUAAGCCCUACUGUUCUUGCCCUAAAAAUUAUUCGGGCGAUGCAAAUAUUCGCUGCGUACCACCAUCUGAUAAAUCAACUAUUCCUGUUGGCUGUAAGGCAAAUUCUGAUUGUCCGCUAUCACAAGCCUGCGUUAAUGGCGCAUGCGCUGAUCCUUGCGCUUGCGGCUUAAACGCUGAAUGUACUGUAAUAAAACAUCAUCCUGUAUGCUAUUGUAAACGUGAAUAUUCAGGCAACCCCUACGUAGGCUGUACUAAAGUUGGAUGUACAGCAGAUACAGAGUGUUCUGACAGCGACACAUGUUAUAAUGGCGCGUGUGUCAAUCCAUGCAUAAUCGAUGCCCCUUGCGCUAUCACAGCAGAGUGCUUCGGAAAGGCCCAUCGACCUAAUUGUCGGUGCCCAGUUGGAACUUCAGGAAAUCCUUAUGUGAGGUGUCAAUCCGCUGAAUGUGAAAUCGAUAAUGACUGUAAUGACGACAGUGUAUGCAUUAAAGGACUUUGUCGCAACGCCUGUUCAUACGAAGGCCGUUCACCUUGUGCCAGUAACGCUGAAUGUUUCGCUCGUAACCAUGCUCCGUCUUGUAAGUGUCCUUCAGCACUACCGAUCGGUGAUCCUCUAGUUCACUGCCAAAGAAUUCCUAUUACUGGCGAACCCGAAUGUCGAAUGGAUAGUGAAUGUCCCAGUGGUUAUGCCUGUCUCAGGGAUCAAUGUCGUGAAGCUUGCAAUGAAUUGAAACCAUGCACUGGCAACGCACGUUGUACCGUUUCGGAUAGUGUACCAUUCCGAACCUUAAUAUGUCGCUGCCCGGAUGGAUUUAUACCUGAAGAAGGUGGUAAUUGUAAACCAGCACAACUACCAGCGCUUAGCUGCUCUUCUGAUAAUGACUGCGGUGAUCACGAAUCGUGUGUAAAUAGAAUUUGUCGUAACCCGUGCAGUUGUGGUGACAACGCAGAAUGUUUCAUCCGAAAUCACAGGCCUAUAUGCUCUUGUCGCGAUGGCUUUGAAGGUGACCCGUAUCGAAGAUGCCACAUUGUCGGUUGUCGCAGUAAUUCAGAAUGUCAAUCGGGCCAAGCAUGCGUGAACGGUAAUUGUAUCAGCCCCUGUCUCUUAAACAACACUUGCGGAGCAAAUGCUGAAUGUUAUGUAGAAAGUAAUCAACCGUUCUGUAGAUGUCACCCUGGAUUCGAAGGCGAUGGAUAUUCAGGAUGUCAUGCCAUUGAAUGUAGAACAAAUGGUGAUUGUCUAUUGGAUAAACAAUGUCGCGCUCACAGAUGUAUUAAUCCAUGUUUAGCAGGCGAUUUAUGUGGCAAAGGAGCUUACUGCUUGGUUAGAAAUCAUAUGGCAGUUUGCAAAUGCGAUCACGGCUACAUUGGAAGUCCGUAUGUUGAAUGUCAGCCACCAUCAGCGGAAGAAUGUUAUAUAGACGCAGAUUGUCCAUCAAAACUAGCUUGCUUGUCAUCAAGAUGUGUUGAUCCCUGUAUAGAGCUUCGACCUUGUGCUACUCCAGCACAGUGCGAAGUUUCACCUACUUUACCUGUACGAACAAUGUUAUGCACUUGCCCACCAGGAUACGUAAGCAACGGUGGAGGUGUAUGUCGUCCAGCUUUAGCUAUUGUGGAUGUCGUUUGCCAAGCCGAUGAUAAUUGUACUUCGAAUAAUGCCUGCGUGACUUCAGUUUGCAAAAACCCAUGUGAAUGUGGUCCGAAUACUGAUUGUCAAAUAAAAGAUCAUAAGCCGGUAUGUGCAUGUAAACCGGGCUUUAUCGGAGAUGCCUACUACGGAUGCAACCGAGUAUUGUGUCAAUCUAAUUCAGAAUGUGUUGACGAUAUGACUUGCUUUAACAACCGUUGUGUACCAGCUUGUUCAGUAGAUUCCAAUAUUUGUGGUGAUUCUGCUGAAUGUUACGGCGCAGAACACCGUCCUUCGUGCAGAUGUAAGAUUGGCACCAUUGGUAAUCCAACCAUUGCUUGCACACCUAUUGGUUGUCGUGCUAACUCGGACUGUCCCAUGGAUAGAUCCUGUAUCAAUUCUAAGUGUGUAAACCCCUGUAAUGCAACAAUUUGUAAUGAUCAAGCUGAAUGCCGAGUACAUCAACAUGAAGUACAUUGUGUCUGCCCACCUGGUUAUCAAAGCACUGAAAAAGGAUGCGUAGCCACUACAAAACGGCAAUGUUACUUUGACGUGGACUGUCCUUCUGGUACUGUGUGCUUAAAUACUAAGUGUGUAAACCCUUGCUUAGCAAUCCAGCCUUGUGGUAUAAACGCUGAAUGCACAGUAGUUGACACUCGACCAGUAAGGACAAUGAUAUGUGAAUGUGUGCCUGGAUACUCGGGCAAUGCCUUUAUCAAGUGUACUCCUAAUAAUAGACCAAUCCCGAAAUGUAUAGAAGGACAAGGAAUCGACUUAAAUGGUGAAUGUGUGCCAUGUAGUGCGGUCGAGGGAUGGACGGUGGACAUUCGAGGUCGCUGCGUGUGCGAUGUGACUCGUGGUUACGUAAUGCGCGGGGACCACUGCGAUAUACGGGGUUGUCGCAACGACAACCAAUGCGACGACAGUUCCCGUUGUCUUAAUGGUACUUGCAUCGAUGCCUGCAAAUCGGAGUCUUGCGGUAUUUCUGCUACCUGUGAUGCUGUCGCCCACCGUCCACACUGCACAUGCAUCUCUGGUUACACUGGUAACCCGCGCGUUGCCUGCACUCCCUAUCCGACAAAUCCACCUGUGUAUCGUACGGACUUCCCUCUGCCCGAUAUGCAGGUUCAUUGCCUUGCCGAUGGUGUACGAGUAAGUCUUAAGAUAAAAGACUUCAACGGAGUUCUGUACGUUAAGAGCUAUAGUAAGGACGAACGCUGUCGCCUAGCUGUAGAUACACCCAAGGACGAAGAGAAUAUAGUCGACUUCACUGUACACUUUGGCGAGUGUGGCUUAGUACAUGUCAAUGGUCUAGCGAGCUUCGUCCUCGUUAUGCAGAAACAUCCAAAAUUAGUGACUUCUAACGCUAAGGCAUUCCACAUCAAAUGUAUCUACCAAACGGGAGAACAAAAUGUCACACUAUCGUUCAAUGUGUCAAUGUUGACCACUGCAGGCACAAUAGCCAAUACUGGCCCACCACCAACAUGCUCUAUGAGAAUUGUGUCCCGAUCCGGAAGCCAAGUCAGUUCUGCUGAGAUCGGAGAAAAUCUAGUUUUGCAAGUCGAUGUGCAACCGUCAAAUAUCUACGGUGGAUUCGCUCGUAGUUGCAUAGCCAAGACAAGCGAGGCAUCUACGAACUUAGAAAAUGAAUAUCGGGUAACUGAUGAAGAUGGUUGUGCAACGGAUCCAUCAAUCUUCGGCGAGUGGGAGCGCAGUGAAGACGGCAGUGUACUACGCGUCGCCUUUAAUGCCUUUAAAUUUCCUAGUAGUGACAACAUACGAUUUGUGUGCAACAUACGAGUUUGUUUCGGAAAAUGUCAACCGGUAAACUGUCGCGGUGCAGACGCCUUCGGUAAGCGCCGUAAACGUGAAGCCCUUGGUCCAGCAGGACAAUUCCGCGAGGAAGUAAUGGUAGAAUCGAACCAGAUCCUGACGCUGCAGCACCGCGACCCUUCACAGGUUGCGCGGCAACGCGACGCCGGAGAUAGUGGGCAAGCGGCGGGCGCGGGUGAAGUGUGCGUGUCGGCGGCAGGUUUAGCCGUGGCUCUAGCACUGACAGCAUUACUAGCGUUAGUGGCUGUAGCAGCCGCCGUAGCGUGCUGGUUGGUGGCGUGGCGUCGUGCCCGCCCUCCCCCAGCACCCCUACCUCACCCCGCCGAUUUCCCCAACCCGCUGUUCCAGCGCUGA